GUUGUCUGGCUCUAAGGCUAAAAAGUCUGAAGGGGAAACUAGUGCAGCUGCGCGGUUGGGGCCGAAAGAGAGAGAGAGAGAGAGAGAGAGAGAGAGAGAGAGACCGAGACCGACUGUGUGUGUGUGUGCGCGCGCUAGUCAGUCACGCUUGGCUGUCUGGGCGGCGCUGCAGUGUCUCCCCCUGGCCUGGGCGGCGGUGCUUAGUAGUAGUAGUAGUAGUAAUAAUAGAACUGCUCCCGCCGCCCGCUCUCCGUCCCUCCCUCGCUCCCCGCGGCCGGCCUGCCUGCCUGCCGCCGCCCUUAUCUCUGGGGAGCCUGAAGGAGACACCUCAGCGAGUCCCUGGCCGGCGCCCAGAGGAGCGAGCCUGCCAAGCGAGAGGGGCGGGAAGGAGAGAGAGGAAGGGGGAAGUGUGGAGAGGAGGAGCCGUGUGUGUGUGUGUGUGAGGCGGGGAGGGCGAGGGAGGAAGGCGAGCGGAGCGAGGGAGGAAGGCAGGAAGGAAAAGCGAACGAAUAGAAGAUAAGAAGGCUGCGCAGUGGAAGAAGAGCAGGAGGAAGAGGAAGGAGAAGGGGGCUUGUUGCGCUUCGCCUCCCCGCCUCCCCUCCCACCACAUGCCCCUGGCGGUGGGUUGCGGCAGGCGCUACAGCAUCCUGGGCCCGGCCUAGCGAGCGAGGGGACGCAGAGAAAGGAGAAGCAGCCGAAGGGUGGAGGGGGGGGGGUCGGCGACGGAGGCGGGUCCGCAGCUCGGGAGCCUCUUUGGAAAGGAGAGCUGGGCCAGGCUCCGGCGCAGGCAUUGCGGCCCCCGCGGUCGCCCCGUCCCCUCGCCCCACACAACCGCCGCCGCCGCCGCCUCAGUAAGGGGCGGGAAGUGAGUCUUCUUCUGCCGGGACUGGGCGGCGUUCGAGGCACCUGAAACCGCGCAUUUGUCACGGCGGAAGAGGGCAGAAGCUGAGGCGACGACGCAGAGACCUCCCCUCGCUCGACUGCGAAGAAAAGUGAAGAAGGAGGCCGGGGGAGGGAAGGGGGGAAAUAACUCACCUCGGCCGGCCGGCCCGCAAGCUUGGCAUUGCUAAAUCUCCACGACACCCCCAACCCCGGAAAAGAAAAGGGGAAAAAACCCCAACAACGUCGACGAAAGCUGUUGCAUCCUCCACCCCACCCCCCGUUUUUUUCUUUUCUGGACUGCUGAGAAAACUUGAUUGGGAUUUAAAGCAUCCAUUGGGUAGUGAAGGAACCUGGUGCAAAUGGAGAUCUGCACGCCCGAAUUGUGAGGUUGGUUUUCAAAAGAAAUAAUUUUGGAAGUGUGCGUGUGCGGGAACAUUAGGAAUGAAACCCUUUUUAUGUGUUGGAGAAAGGGGACGCAAUUGUACUUCAUUUUGAGAUGGUGGUCUGCCUCCUGUUCUUACUUUCGUUAGCUUUUUAAAUGUCUUUCUGGAUUUUGAAGCUGGUUUCCAGUCUCUCUCUCUCUCUCUCUCUCUCUCUCUCUCUCUCUGUGUGUGUGUGUGUGUGUGUGUGUGAGAGAGAGAGAGAGAGAGAGAGAAAGUCUAAUCGUUACCGGUACUUUGAAAUUUUGUUGCAGAGGAGAAAUGUAGGAGAGCUGAUUUUGUGUGUGUAAAGCUUCUCAGACAGAAGUUUCUUUGUUCCAUAGUAGAAGGUAUUGAAGUGAAACUGCCUGAUUAUGCAUUCGUGAUCUUAAAACAUGUCAUCUGUAGAAGCGACUUGCUGGACCGAUAACUUUCUUUCUCUGCAAGCAUUCCGUCUGCAUAAACGGCAAAUAUUCUUUUUCCCAUGUACCAUUAAAGUUUGAAGACUUUUUCUUUUCUUAAAGGCCGAUGUUUUUCUUUUAGAAGGCAUUCCUUAGCUGUCGAGUAAGGACACAGUUCAGACAGGCCUGAUGUCUUGUGAGACUUAACAAGUGUUUCUUCUUUCAUAACCUGUGUAGUUCAAAAACGUUUGAGUAGUAGAGAUAUUUGUCAUAUUGUCAUAAAACAGCUUCAGCACCUUUAGUCAAUGGCUAUCUCCUGAGGGAGUUUAAACUUUAUUUGCAAACGUCUACUUGCAUGUGUGGUUUAUGGACAAAUUUAUUUUCCCCCAAUAGUGGAAUUCAAUUGUUUCAUUUGAUUUAUUUUUUUAAACAAUGUAGUUUGGUCUUGGUGUUUUGGGAAAAGGUAUGGAAAUAGUGAGGUUUCUGAAAAAUUGUCAAGAUUAAGCAAUUCUCAUUGUAAGGAAAGCAAAAUGUGUUGUAUCACCUGUUGAAUUAUAUAAUUUUGAUGACUUCACAAGCAACUUGCCAUUUGUUUUUGUACAAAUGUGCUUUGAACAUGUUUUCUAAAUUGUGCAUUAGUCAGAUGACUAUAACUGAGGCAUUAUUUUUUACUGUGGAUGGUUUAAAUCAACGUCCAUGCUAUGUUUUGCUGGUCUGUCUUGAUGGGAGUAAAGGCAAAUUUCUCUUGGCGUCAAUCAUCAAGAUUAGGAAACUUUCAAACUAUACACAUGAUCUUUAAAGACACCAGUAAAGGUUACUCUUGGCCAUUUCAAAGGAUUGGACAGAAAGAUGGCAGUGAACUUCAACUUCCUUAUAUGGCUUAUGCGUGGCAGAAAAGCCUACAUAGAGUAAUCAUUUUACAGUGAAUUAGCACUUCCAAAGCAGUGUUACAUUCCCCACAAAACAUAUUCUAAAGAGGGAUAGAAGGUAUCAUUGCAUGAUACAUAUAACUAUAAGAUAUUGUAUAUCUAACAUGUAGCCAUAGAGCAUAAACUAUUGUAUUUUGAACUAUUUAUUGUUCUUGAUAUUGGUUGGACUUAAAAUCCUGUACAGUGCAGUCCUGUAAAUGUCUACACAGAAGUAGACUUACUCUUAGGUAAAGGUGUAUAAUAUUUCAGCUUUAGAUUAGUUUAGUCACCAUAUUGGAUUAGGCCCUAUUUAAAUAGCACACUUCUGCUUAGGCUAGCGAUGUGUCAUAAAUUACAUUAAUUUUAGUAAUACAAUUUGAAAAGAUUUGUUGGAAUUAUUGCUCUUGGCAAGUCAAACUUAUAUGAUAGUAAAUUAUCUGACAGACCUUUGAAUUUUCACCUUUAUCUGAUUGGUUCAAAGCCUGUUUAGUGGUGUGUGUGUAUUACAUUUCAUUAGUGAUGUGGAAACUUCUCCUAAUUUGACUUUUUUCAGUGAGCUAUGUUUAUAUAUGUUCUGUAUAUCUAUACUGUAUAAAAGUUUUCUUUUUUAGUGUUCUUACAAUUAUGUGCUAAUUUUUAUAUUAUCUAAAAUUAAUAAAUAAUAGCAAGUAAGAUUUACCUCCUUUGGUAAUUCAGAUGAAUGCCUGUUUGUACUCUUCAGUAAGUCAUUGGGAGACAACAGUAAAUUUAUAUAGUUCUGCAUGCCAGCAAAGUAUAGCUGAAUAGGCAAUUAAAGCAGGUUAAGUCAAAGCAGUAAUCAGAUGGCAAUAUUUGCAUGUAAUGAAUCUUUAAUAGGCGCAAUGAAGUAUUUAGUCAUUAACAGAAGACUUAUUUGAAAAAGUGAACAAACCGCUAAUCAAUUUAUUAAAAUACAUUUUUGUAUAGGUAUCUGCUCUCAAAUUUAAAAUGUGUACUUUAGUUCAGUUUUAAUCUAGCCAGUGGCUAUUUUUCACAAUUGCACACUUUAUUUUUUUUUAAAAAAACCGUACACUACUUUAUUGUCAGUGUCCAAGUGAUUUACAUAGAACAUAAUGUAUAAAGUUAUCAGUAAAAGUCAGAAGAUAGAAACAUGCUGCCGUGUAUAUAUAUAUAUAUAUAUAUAUGGAGAGAGAGAGAGGUGUGUGUGUGUGCAUUACACACAAACACACACGUAAACCUUACAUAUCUAGGCAGGCUUGCCUAAACAGCUUUUUUUGAAGCAGGCAUUGAAAACAACACAGUGAAGGUCAGUGGGCAGUGAGUUCCAGAACGUAGGUGCUGCCACACUGAGAGAUUAAUUAUUUACAAGUGUGGAAUGGAUAUUGUGUAGCACUUUCCAAAGUGCUGGUUCCAGAGUUUGCAGUGUUGCAGUAUUGAGUGGGCAUAGAAGGGGUAACGUUUCCUUUAGUACACAUAGAGUACACAUUAAUGUCUACCUAAGCUGAUCCACGUGUGGAAUCAGACUUCCAUGCACACAUUGAAUCAUGGAAUUAUAGAGUUGGAAGGGACCACAAGGGUCAUCUAGCCCACCCCCCUGCAAUGCAGGAAUCUUUCACCCGACGUGGGACUUGAACCCACAAAGCUGAGAUUAAGAGUUUUUUGCUCUACCGACUAAGCUCUCUAUGAUGAUCACCUGUUAGAAUAGAAAAUGUGAAUGAAUAGAUUCUACAUACAAAGUUUGAGGCUACAUCUAGUUUCUGCCUACAAGUUGCAGCCUUAUCAGAUCAACUGACCUAGUGUAACCUCCUUAGAGCUGAUAGUGUCAACUUUCCUGAUUGACAAAUGGGUGCUCACAACUGGAUUUGUGUAAAACUGGAUUGGGGUCUGUGUAUGCUAAGGUUAGGGACCUUCUGUGGCCAUAAUGAAGUUCUUCUGUUGAAGGCUUGGCUUCAUCUGCAUGUGAGAUAUUGAAGCAAACUGACCUGUUAGCAUUUGUUACACAGUUAAGAAAGCAUUUACUUAAAUUUUUGGACCCACAAAGAAUAUAUUUAUGGUUACUGACAUACCUACAAUAUGUGUUCCCCAGCCAAUUUAAAUAUAAAUAUAUUGAGUAUCCUGCUAUGUAUGUUGUAAUUAUGUAUGGAAUGGUGACCUCUGCAAACAGCAGGGCAUACUCAAUACUCUGGGGUUGUUGAAUAGCCUACUAAAAGAGAAAAUCCUUGUCCCUGAAUUUCCCAAAUACCAAAACCUUUUCAGGAAGGCUUUUAGAUAAUAGUGAUGGUAUGCUGCUUCUAAAAAAAAUAUUGGUCUUUGUGGUUUCUUUCUUUCGGUUGGUUUCUAAGGGUAUUUUUUUUGAACUACCCUGUUGGGUGAGCUGAGGGUGAGCUACCUUUACACAGGAGAUGUAGAGCUAGAUUAAAAAAACAACAACCCAAAAAACUAAUUUCUACCUUUUUAAAAAGCUACUUCUAUUCAUUUACUGAAUAUUUAAACUUGAUCCUCAGGGCAAUUUACAGUAUUAAGAGCAAAAGCAAGUCUCUACUUAUCUUUAGUUACCAAAUUCAGGAAUGUACAAAGCUUGGCCAUUGACUUAGGUCUUAGGCAUUAAGUUUGAGAAGAUGAUUGUGAGCUGCUAAAGUAAGACCACUUCUUCUGUUCAUUUUGGGUAGAAGGGGUAGUAUUAAUAACCUGCCCUCAGUCCACUGUUAACAUGGGAGGAAGACAUUAUGUAGGAUCCAGUCCAUUCAAUUUUUCUUAGUUAAAAAUAGCACCCCAGCUUGUGCCUGAAGGGCCCAUGAAACCAUUGCUCACUCUGGUGUAACGUUUUCCUGGUAAUUCACGCCUGUUGAGACAAGCCCUUCUGUUCUGCUUCAGCUGCAUCCUUUGAAGGAAAGGUGUAUAUGGGUUGUGUUAUAAUAGCAAAGUUCUAAGGUUACAAAAGUAUGAUUAUUGACAAAGCAAAAUUUGGGGGGGAAUAUUAUACCCUUACCAUGUAGAAAUUGGUGGAAAGUAUUACCAGCCAGUGCUGGGAUCUGUAGAAUAAUAUGCAUUGAUAACCCAGAAUUACGUUUGGUUCACUUGCAUGUUGAGCUAGGUUUAGUAAAUUGGCUGGACCUGCCAUCCAAGUACUUUGUUUUUGUCUAGUUGCAGCUUUUCAUGUAUGCUUCAUGUAUUUGCUGCACAAAAUACCACUGUAACAUAAUGAUCAAGUAAAGUGUGGCUAUUCUCUCUAUAUUACAAUCUUUAGCUGAAUAAAAUUCUACAAAUACAGCCUUGUAAAUUUGUGCCAUUAAAUGUCUCUUAACUAGUGCACUCCCAAGUCUGAGUCUAUUCUUUUAUGGACUCUUUCUUAAUUUGCCUUGGAAUUAGCCUACGAUCCAGGACCAAAAUUCUUACCAGAUUUGAUUAAUAAUGUUGCAUAUGAUUUUUUGCAAGGUCUAUGCCCCAAGAGAUGGUAGGUCCACAGCAAUUGGAUAGUUCUGUAUAUAAUCAUAAUUUAUGUGGAUCUUGGCCAAAUGCAACCCUGCCAUGUUAAGCCACCACCAUCAGUUGUGAAAUACAAGACCUAGAGUGCUUUGUGUGGUCAGCCACAUCUCCACCUAGAGUGUCCCAUGUUAAUAAUGCCCAAUGUGUUUAGAUAUUAACUGUGUACAUCUCUCACCUGGCUUCAGGUCACCUAAGUUAUAUACCCUUACCUCCAGGAAAGUGGCCUGUACAGAAUGCCCUGGCAUUGCACCUGACCCAACAGCUUUAGAUGCAGCGUACUGUCAAGUGUACUGUUCUCAUGCAGAUAUUACUGAAGAAGAAUUGGAUGAUUUUUCUCCUACAGAAUUUGAAGAUGAACCUGUAAGAUCAGAUAUGUUAAGGAGGAAGUAACUAUAUGUAUCUUUUCUCAACUGAAAUGUGGUUUAUUGUGAAAUUGCCAAAAAUGUUCAUAUGUGUUCACAUGGGAUGUUGAUUGCACAAGUAUAUCAACACAUACAUGGGGCAUUCCAUUACUGUCUGAAUUAAUGCUUGACCUGCAGGACAAUGUCCAAGAAUGUUUCCACUUCAUGAGGAAAUCCAGCUGCAGGAAAUGCUCAUGAUUAUUAUUUACACAAAGAAUAAAACAUGCCUUUAACCAGGGCUGGAGAACCUGGAGGAUUGCUAGAUAUUUCUGGAUCUCUCUUUAGCCCAGCUAGCAUGGUCAGUGGUCUGGAAUGAUGGGAGUUGUAGCCAACAAAUGGUGGGCCACAGGUUCCCUGCUUCUACUUUUGAAACUCUUGUUGAAUUUAAGUUCUCAUCCCGCCCCGCCCCCCGCUGAAGUCAAACAUGCAUAUCUCUUUGUCCUUUGACAAUUACCUCCAAAGCUCUGAAAAAUAUUAACAAGCAUGUAACACACAGAAAUCUUGACAAAAUAAAAUUAAUGGGGUGAUAGUUAAAAUUGUGAUAGAUUGCAGCAUGUGGCUAUUCUCUGACUUUUGAGAUAUAGACUUUUCUAGCAAUAUUUACUGUUUUCAUUACAUAUAGUAAGAAUUCACCCUUUUUGGUGUGUGUUGCUCAAGGACUUUCACCAGCUUAUAUGAGAUGCAGGAUUUGCAUGGCGAGUUUAACAUCAAAUGCAGAUGAUUGUGACUUUGCUUAAAACAAAGAUGAAUAAUGGUUUGUGCACAAACGUUUGCUGUUUACUUGUAUGGUAAUAAAUGUUGCAAAUGGAAGUGAGGGUAAUGUAAAGCAAUUAUUAUUUGUUAUACUGGACAGUGAUGCAUAAUGUUCCUUAAGAGGUCUGAUUAUAAUUGUAUGCAAACCAAGUGCUGAAUUGCAGGUGAUUCAAACAAAUAAAAUCAAUGGGUAACUAGGUCUUUAAAGAUGUAGGGGCCCUGAGUUGUGUGGCCAUACACUAUGUACUGCCAUAGUGUUGGAAUGGCAAUUUAUUUCUUCUGCUGUAGAAAGAGUGCAGUGACAAGACUCUUAAUUCCAGAUUAUGCAGAGGGAGAGGAAGGGCAACAUAAUGGACCAUAAGUGACCUGUUUCUGUUGUGGUAAGUUUUUAAUGGAAUGAAGUGAAUCUUGGCUUUAAUUUUAUAUGUUUUGUUAGCUGUCAUGCUUAGAGAGAUCUAAGAAGGAAGUCAACAUAAAAGAUUCUCUUGUGGAUGAUAGUUUCAAAAGUUGACUUGUAAGUCCAUUUAAUAAUUUUAAGUGCCUGAACAGGUGAUGUAUAUUUGAUAUUGGAUGUCAGGGUAAAUGGAGCUGGUAAGAUGGAAUUUCUCAACCUUCAGUGGCCUCCAUAUUAAUCAAGAUUAUAUUACAUACAAAUUAGCUGUAGUGCUCUGGUUUUACUAUAGGCUCUUAGUGUGGUUAAACAAGUGCUGUUCCUUACUCAUGCUGUAGAAAGUUGGAAGAGGUAAUGAUCACAUAUUAAAAGCGUUUCACUGAAGUAGACUGAAAAUAUAUUCUGAAUUUCUCAAAGGCAAAUCAAAGGAUAGUUUAAGAAACAUUCACAGUGUAUGUUUUUUUUAGAUUUAAUAUUUCAUGCUGCUGAAGAAUCCAUUUUUGUGACAGCACUGACCAGGAUACUUGGGACAGGGGCUAUAGUGUUGCCAGCUAAGGAGAUGGACCAGGUUCUUGGUUAUGAGCCUAAUGUUUGUGAUUAAGAGACCACUGUACCCAAGCCUGGCAGGCAGGAGCCCACUGAACCAAAUUCCACAACAUCAGAGCCUGUAAAAGCAGAGCCAGGAGCCUCAUUGGUCCAUGUGGCUUGAAGAAUCCAUACCACCUUACCAGUCUAAUGCCAUAAGCAGCACACUAGGCAAGUGGGCCACGGAGUGCAUGAUAAUUGCCUAUAUUUGAGUAGGAGGGUUGGCCUUUUAGGAGACACUUAAAUUUUCCAAAAGCAUAUAGGAGAAGUUGACCUGAAGGCAGAGAUAAAAAAGGUAUCUGCCCAUUUCGAACCCUUUUUGGAGCAAGUUGUUCAUUAGAAGCCAUCCUUGGUGCUGUGACAGUUAACCUGCCUUACUACCCUGCUCCAUGGGCUCCUCUUUGAGCAGGGCAGUUUAGCAUAUUUUUGUCAAUGAUUUGUGUAACUAAUUGAUAGGUAAGAUUUAACAUUAUUGUGCAUUUCUGCUGUUAUAAUAGGCAUUCAAAAUUGUGGGGUAGAGCCAAUGUUAGUCAUACUUUGAAAAGAGCCAUUGAAGUUCAUGUGUUUGACAAACUUAAGGUACAGUUAACGAAACACUGUACCUUUUCCUUUCAGGUAGUAUAAUUUUUGUUCUUUUAGCAUUUCAUUUCCUCCACUCAUUCUCUCUCUACCCCUUCCCUCCCAAAAAAUCUGUAUGUAUAUUCUUGCCAGUUUAGGAUAAUGCUUCAUACAUCUCAUGAAAUGAACUGUUCUCUCAAAAGCUUAUGCCAUUAUAAAUUCAUUAAAAGUUGAAGGUGCCAGACGCUUGUAACAAGAAUGCAAACUUAACAUGGCGCUCUUUCUGGCGAUCCAUUAGUUAUAUUUUUCUAUAGUUAUCAAAAUAAUUUGUCACUGCUGUAUAUGACUAGUUCUCCGAGGCUUGGAAAUAUGUUUCCAUCCCUGAAUGUGUGUCUACCUCCAUCCCAAAAUGGAGAAUAGCUAGUGUUUCAUAUAACAGAAUCCUCAUGCAACUAUAGAAAAAUUCAGAAAGAAUUUUCCUUUUACACACUGUUAAUCAAAAUUGCCCCCUAGGAGUAAGUGUCAGAUUAAGAAGCAAGUGUCCACUAAAGGCCAUGCUAGAUAACCUGAUAUCCAUAAAGAAACAAGUAUAUGUAUGUUGAGCAACUACUUUUCUUAUAUACAUACAGCUUGCCUUAACCUUUUGUGAGGGCAAUGCAAAACUGUAGCCAAAUAAUCUGUUCUGCAUAUGCAAAGUGAUUUGCAGAGCCAAUGGUUUUCCCUUGUCCCCUUGUUGUCAACAAUUUUUUUAACGAGAUCUGUGAAAAGAAUUUAUAGUCUACUAAUAUUGGCUCUGCCCACUGUUAUGUUCAUAUAGGAGCUGAGGGCCAAGCAUGAUAAAACAAUGGCCAACUUGUGUCUUAGGAUAAAAUCAAUCUGAAUCCAUACAAAGGGAUGGAGUGAAAUUUUAAAGUACAGCAUAAGCUAGCUGGCAGGCAGGCUAAAUCUUUCCCUCAUCCAUACUCCCCUCCCCCUUACAAUACUUUUCUACUUGAACAUAGUAGAUAGCACUUACAGUGGUGCCUCGCAAGACGAAAUUAAUUCGUUCCGCAAGUCUCUUCGUCUUGCGAGUUUUUCGUCUUGCGAUGCACGGUUUCCCAUAGGAAUGCAUUGAAAAUCAAUUAAUGCGUUCCUAGGAAGCCGCCUUCAGACCAGGUCCGGGGACAGUCUGUCCCCGGACCUCUUCUGAAGGCUGGGGGGAGCAAGGGCUUUCUUCCCACCCCCAGCAUUUUAAAAACCCGGGACAGCGGAGGACUUCUCCGCUGUCAGGCGAUCUUAAAAUGCUGGCGGGCGGCAUUUAAAAUCACCCGGGACAGCGGAGGACUUCUCCGCUGUCCGGGGCAACUCAAAGCCCCUGGGAAGGCAGGCAGGGGGACAAAGACUUUUGCCCCCGCCAGCCUUCAGAAGAGGUCCUGGACCUCUUCUGAAGGCGGGCGGGCGAAGUCUUGCUCCCCCGCCUUCAAAGCCCUCCGGGACAGGCAGGCAGGGGAGCAAAGACUUUCGCCCCCGCCCGCCUUCAGAAGGUCUUCCCUCCCCCCGCCCGGCCGGGCACCGUUCCGAAGCCGGGCGAGCGGAGGUCUUCCCUCCCCCGCCCGGCCCGGGCACCGUUCCGAAGCCGGGCAGCGGCGGAGGUGUUCCCUCCCCCGCCCGGCCGGAGCACCGUUCCGAGCCGGGCGAGCGGAGGUCUUCCCUCCCACCGCCCGGCCCGGAGCACCGUUCCGAGCCGGGCGGCGGGAGGUCUUCCCUCCCCACCGCCCGGCCCGGGCACCGUUCCGAGCCGGGCAGAGCGGAGGUCUUCCCUCCCCCGCCCGGCCGGAGCACCGUUCCGAAGCCGGGCGGCGGCGCAGGUGUUCCCUCCCCGCCCGGCCCGGAGCACCGUUCCGAAGCCGGGCGGCGGCGGCAGGUGUUACCUCCCCCCGCCCGGCCGGAGCACCGUUCCGAGCCGGGCGGCGGCGGCAGGUGUUCCCUCCCCCGCCCGGCCGGGCACCGUUCCGAAGCCGGGCGGCGGGGAGGUCUUCCCUCCCCGCCCGGCCCGGGCACCGUUCCGAGCCGGGCGGCGGCGGCAGGUGUUCCCUCCCCCCGCCCGGCCGGGCACCGUUCCGAGCCGGGCAGAGGCGGAGGUCUUCCCUCCCACCGCCCGGCCGGAGCACCGUUCCGAGCCGGGCGGCGGGGAGGUCUUCCCUCCCCACCGCCCGGCCGGGCACCGUUCGAGGCCGGGCGAGCGGAGGUCUUCCCUCCCCGCCCGGCCGGGCACCGUUCCGAAGCCGGGCGGCGGCGGCAGGUGUUCCUCCCCCCGCCCGGCCCGGAGCACCGUUCCGAGGCCGGGCGGCGGCGGCAGGUGUUCCCUCCCCCCGCCCGGCCCGGAGCACCGUUCCGAAGCCGGGCGGCGGCGGCUAGGUGUUCCCUCCCCCCGCCCGGCCGGGCACCGUUCCGAGCCGGGCGGCGGCGGAGGUCUUCCCUCCCCCCGCCCGGCCCGGAGCACCGUUCCGAGCCGGGCGGCGGCGGCAGGUGUUCCCUCCCCCCGCCCGGCCGGAGCACCGUUCCGAAGCCGGGCGGCGGCGGCAGGUGUUCCCUCCCCCCGCCCGGCUCGGAGCACCGUUCCGAGCCGGGCGGCGGCGGCAGGUGUUCCCUCCCCCCGCCCGGCCGGGACACCGUUCCGAGGCCGGGCGGCGGCGAGGUCUUCCCUCCCCACCGCCCGGCCGGAGCACCGUUCCGAGCCGGGCGGCGGCGGCAGGUGUUCCCUCCCCCGCCCGGCCCGGGCACCGUUCCCGAGCCGGGCGGCGGCGGCUAGGUGUUCCCUCCCCCCGCCCGGCUCGGAGGAGCCUUCCGAAGCCCGGCGGCGGCGGAGGAGGUGUCCCCGCCCCGCCGCCAGGCUUCGGAGGAGGUCCGAGGGACAGUGGGGAGACGCGCUGCGCUUCCCCGCUGUCCCUGAGAUUUCCCUAUGGGCUGUCGUCUUGCGAAGCAAGCCCAUAGGGAAAUUCGUUUUGCGAAGCGCCUCCAAAACGGAAAACCCUUUCGUCUAGCGGGUUUUCCGUCUUGCGAGGCGUUCGUCUUGCGGGGUACCACUGUACAUUGAAUAAUGUUGUGGACACACAGGGGAUCUCUUACCUUGUGGUGUAGAUCAUUCACGUUCAGCAGUAAUUUUUAUACUGACAACCACAGACUAGCUUUCAGUUCUCUAGUCUCAAUGGUCAGGUAUUCCGUAUAGCUUCCUGAUCAACUUCUCAUGGCCAUGAUGGGUUGCCUCCCUUCUGACUAGCCUAGAGUAAUUCUUUUUUUAAAAAAAGCAUUGUAUCAGCACCAACCUGUUAAGAUCAGGCAUAGGCUGCAGGAUUCCUAUAGCCACUUUCCUUGCCACAUUGUAAUACAUAAUGCAGCUUGCUACAGUAACCGUCUGAAUUCUGUGCUGUUUCCUCACCUAUGUUGCAUGUUUCUAGGAGCAUUGGUUAUAACAAACCCUUUAAAUGCUAUGAAAGAUCAACACAUGUGACUUAACAUUUGGCUUAACAUUAUGUCUCACCCUCAGCUCAUGGUUUGUUUGCUCAAAAUGAAAAUCACAGACUAUAACCUUUGUUAUGAAUUGUUUGGAGAAAAGCAAAGUAUAAGCCCAGGCCUGGAGAUAACACUAAGUUCUUGGCAGUAGAAGCCGAAGAGGAGGUGAAACAGGUGCAUUUUUCGCUCUUUGUACCAGUACACUGUGCAUUUGCCUUUUAAUCAUAGUUCAGCAUAACUGUAUGGUUUAAAUUGGCAUGCAAACUAAGCCAUUUAGUUGCUUAGAGGGAAGUUUUUCCUUUUUUAAAAAAACAACAGAACUUCCAAAUAAGAUGUGUGGGUAUUAUAACUGAAAUAUGUUGGUGGUGCUGAUUUGCAAUAGUCGUUAGGACUGCUUAUUAAUUUUUCAAAUCUUUUUCAAGUCUUUAUUUUAAAAUAUAGUUUAGAAUCUGUUUGUGAGGGAUUUGGCUGGUACCAUACAGUCCAUGGUGGAAUUCAUAUAGUUUUGAGUACCUGACUCCAUUCUUGCAGGCAGGUAUAUACCUCAGUUUAAGAACAGAGCCUGAAAUUGUAACUUAUCUGAGGGUUUGCUGUAGAAUUAAGCUUCAUAUAGUCUUAAAGAGGAAGGGAUUUAUGGAUGUGUGAAAGAGACAUUACAGGAGGUGGGAGGAGAGGGAGUUAUCGCAAAUAAGAAGUGGCAGGAGAAGACAUGGUAUGUGCUCAGCAAAUGCUUCAGUUCUUGAGCUGUCAAAGCAAGAAAUAUCCGCCAAUUUGACUAAUAUCCUCAGGUAGGGUAUAAUAAAACUUAAUUAGCAUAGAGGAACAAGCCCAUGGCAGGGUUUGUGCAUUAGACAUGCCAGUUUUAAUAUUAAGUGAGGCAUGUUUGCCAGCCUGUAUGUGGAAGCAAGGAUUACAUAAAUACUAUGGCAAGUUAAAAACAUCAGGUUCUCUGAAAGCUGCAAGUGUAAUAGUUUCUGUUGAUGAUUUUCACCUUAUCUUCAAUGCUGACGUACACAUUUAAAUAGCUAACUAGUGAACAGAAAUGCAUAGUAACAUAUCCAUCACACUAAAUUAGUUUGAUAUUUUCACCUGUGAAUUCAGUCCAUGUGAAACAAAGGGGAGUAACUCAUUUGGAAUAAGAAAAUGUCUUGGCAGCUUAAAAGUUGGGUAGAACAAAGGUGAAAUGAAGCCUCCCUAAAAUUCUUUAAAAUUGUGAUUCAUUCUUAUAAGGGCACGUUGCUGUGAAGCAUGUUUCAUUGCUCUCUAAAGUGCACUUCCAGUCACGUGACACUAACUGUUCUAGGUGUAGAAAACUAGCCAGAAUUAAAAAUGGAAUGGUUUACUGUCACUACUUUACCUUGCCUAACAAAAACAAAAACAAAACAGAUGUUUUUAAUUUUUGUGGACAGGAGAUAUGCUUAGCUCAGAAGAGACCUUUUGAGUUUUCUCCCUAUUUGGGGUUACAGAUUUAGAGAACAUUCCAGAUGAGAGAGUUGUGUUGGUCUAUUGCAACCAAGACAGAGGGCCUUGAGGUAGCUUUAAAGAUAGCAUAUCUACUGCGAUAUAAGCUUUUCUGGAGUAGGGCCUACUUCAUCAGAUACAUGAAUGGUUGUUCUCAUUUGGCAGAGGUUAAAUAUGUGUAUCUAGGGAUGCGGGUGGUGCUGUGGUCUAAACCACAGCACCUAGGGCUUGCUGAUCAGAAGGUUGGCGGUUCAAAUCCCCGCAACGGGGUGAGCUCUCGUUGUUUGGUCCCAGCUCCUGCCCACCUAGCAGUUCGAAAGCACAUCAAGUGAAAGUAGAUAAAUAGGUACCGCUCCGGCGGGAAGGUAAACGGCGUUUCCAUGCGCUGCUCUGGUUCACCAGAAGCAGCUUAGUCCUGCUGGCCACAUGACCCGGAAGCUGUCUGCAGACAAACGCUGGCUCCCUUGGCCAGUAAAGCAAGAUAAGCGCCGCAACCCCAGAGUUGACCGCAACUGGACCUAAUGGUCAGGGGUACCUUUACUUUUACCUUUAAAUAUGUGUAUAUGCAGACACACAGAGACAUAUUGUAAACAGUGGGACCCAAAAGCCAAAAUGCAAAAGGCUAAAGUCUGAAUGACCACAUUUGGAUUUUACACUAAAUCAUUUGAGAUGAAUAAGCUGAAGUGAGCCUUGGGCUUGCACACUCCUCCUCUAAUCUUCUGGCAUGGCUACAAGGAAGAGUUGACAACUUUUGCUUCCAUAUUUGCUUAAAUGCUGAAAUAACAAGCCAUUUAAAAAAAAUUUCUUUUGCUUAAAUGGCAACUAAAAAUGGAAGCAAAGCCUUCCAAACUUGAGCAGAUGAGCCUGAAGCUCAGUUAGGCUUGUUUAUGUAAUGUCUCAACAGGUCCAGUAUUUGGGGGAGAAGGGUAAAACCUUCAAAUUAACUUCUUUUUUACAUGGGGAAGCAUUCAGUAAUUAGGUUCCCCAAAAGUACUCUGAAGUGAAACAAUCAACAGAAGUCCCUAGCAUAUGACUCUGCAGAAUAUAUAACAUAGCUGCUAGUGGUUGAACUGUAAGAUACGGUAAAUUGGAAGGCUGCAGUUAAAUUCCCCUUUAGUCAAGGAAACUCUCUUCCAUAUCCAGUGAGCUGAGGAUAAGCCAGAGUGAUGUACUUAUUGUCAAUCUAGGCUUGCCAUAUUUCAAACAGUGAAAAUCUGGACAGAAAGUUGUUGAGCAGUAUUUCAGAAAUGUCCAGGAAAAUCUGGACGUAUAGCAACCCUUUUUGGUGCUCCUUUGUUUCUACAGUGGUACCUUGGGUUACAUACGCUUCAGGUUACAUAUGCUUCAGGUUACAGACUCCGCUAACCCAGAAAUAGCGCUUCAGGUUAAGAACUUUGCUUCAGGAUGAGAACAGAAAUUGCGUGGCGGCGCAGCAGCAGCAGGAGGCCCCAUUAGCUAAAGUGGUGCUUCAGGUUAAAAACAGUUUCAGGUUAAGUAUGGACCUCCGGAACGAUUUAAGUACUUAACCUGAGGUACCACUGUAAUAUUAAUCUAUAGCAUGAAAGUGCCUGAUAAAGACUCUGUUAUAGUCCUAGUAUUAUACCAGGUCCUUCUAGUUGAGAUCUGUGUCCUAUUCUUAAGUAAGGCCCAAACCUGACCUAACAGGAAAUAUGAAAGGAUGCUUGUAAACUGAGACUCAAGGUUUGCAUCUGUCUCUCAAUGUCAUGCAAAUAGUUUUUAGUGUCAUAAGUGCUAUGUUUAAUAUCAAGCUUAAAAGUGGGUACUAAUUUAUAUGGGGCAAAAUCUGGAAAUUCCAAACUAUAUAGGCCAGCUGGAAUUCAUUAGCAUUAAUUACUUGCAGGAUCAUGCUUGCCUUAUAGCUGUGGUACUCUUUCUGUAAGACUGAAUGUAAUGCUGUAAGGAUAUCUGUGUGUCUCAAUUGUUGAUAUUUCCAUUUUAUGCAGCAACAAACUAGAGCUUAUUCUGUGACCAGGGACUGUAAGCAAACUGCUCUUUUUGGACAAAUGUAUGGUAAAUAACUUUCCCGAAACUUGCUAGUUUAAUUCAUAACCUUUUUAGAUUUGCACUUAAACAUAUUAGGUGUAUGCUGAUAAAACAGUGGGUUGGUUUGAACAUAAUACUAGUUUAGCAUUUGAAGAAUGAGCCCUGCAGCUGUGAGGAGGAGCUGAGAAAAUUUCACUUCCAUUUUAGAAUAACUGCAGUUUGUCAUAUAGACUGAAAUGUAGACAUACUGAUUACUUACUGAUGAUUAGUGGAAUCAAGUUACGGUAACUCCAAUCUACAGUUUAUGAAGCUGGGUUGUUUUCUUUUUUUAAAAAAAAAUAAUUUUUAUUAACCGGCCAAUCAAAUCAAAUCAAAUCAAAUCACAUAACAUAAAUUCCGAAUUACAAAGCCGAAUUUUAAAUUUUGUUGAGGGGACCCAUAUUUCAAGAUCCGAAGGAGGAUUCUGAUCAUCUUCUUGCUACUGCGUUAAUGUCCAAAUCAGUCCAAACAAAGUUCAUAAUUCUAUCCAGUCUUAUCUUGCUGUUUCCACAUCACAUCUUGUUCAUAUAUUUUCUCUUUUUCUUUAUGAUCUCUUCUGAUAGUCUCCUUAAGCCGAUAAACACCAAUAAUAAUCCUGUGUGAAUUUUUCCGUUCUUCCAAUCCUUAAAUCAAGAUGGUUUCCAUAUAUCAUCGCCUUCAUAGAUAACAUCGCUCUUUCCAUCUUUAAUUACAGAACUGUUGUUCUUAAGUCCCUCUGAGGAGUUUCACCCACAAUAUAAAAACAGCUCUAUUUCUCUAUUUCUCCUCCCAGACUUAAGUCCUCCGACAGAACUUCCCAAUAUGGCGAUGGCAUUUUUAACUGCGUCAUUCCAAAGCCCUUAUACAUUCCACGCUCUUCUCAAAACAUGCUUUGGUUCGAAAGUUUAUCUCCACACAGCCUUAAAUCCACAGCUUUGAGGAGAUUUCACCCCUCCCAUAUCCAAGAAUCUCCUGAGGAGUCUGCUGAUUCUCCAGAGAGGAGGAGGCGUGUUCUGCUCUCUACUUAUUCUGCUCCAGCACCAAGUCAGUCAGUCAGUGUCGGAGAGAGAGAGAGAGAGAGAGAGAGAGAGAGAGAGAGAGACUGAGACUGAGUGUUAGAGAUCGUGUGUAGAGAUAAGGUUGCUGCUAAGAGCAGCUGCAGACACUCAGUGCAGUGCAGCAUUCAUUUAUGCUUAGACCUAUUAAGCUCUGUAUAUAGUUGUAUAAUAGUUGUAGAUAGAAUAAAGAAGAUAUUCUACAGAGCUGUUCUCCGAGUUGUUUAUGUACUCUGCUAGACUCUGCUGUACUCUGCUGUGCGACGACUGUCUUCUUGUGGGAGUGAAUCCGGUGCUCACAACUCUAAGCUGUGAGUCCACAGCACUUUGACCUGUUCCUGUGCAGAAGGUGGUCUCUGGAAGUGCUACCCAGCUCGCCUAGCCCAGUCAGGGCUGAAGUGGAUGAGUCCAGUUGGUGGCACUGGCUCAAGGGUGAUGCUGACAAGCUUAAGUCCUUAAAACGACAUUUCUGACUUGUGAGGGGGGGAUUCUUGUUUAAUCACAUAAAGGAAAGAAAGGAAAGUUUUUUCCCCCUCCCCCAUCAGUCCCUUUGCCAUACCGAGUCUUGGCGUAUCUUCUCAUGAUUUAUACUUGUUCCUCCAACUCGUCUUGUUUUAUCAGAGAUCUCUUCUGUUAGCAGUCUUUACUCCCCCUCCUUCCUUGAAAUAUGUGCAUUCGCUUCAUCCAAAUUGUUUCUUUUGAAGUUCUUGCAGCUAGUGGCACAGAUCAGAGACGGCGUCCAGGAGCGCCAAAAUCCCACAGGAGGACAUUGUGCCUAGUGCCCCCAUCCCCACAAAUUCGGGGGUGGUAUAGGGCACAGCAGGCAGGGCAGUCCCCCCCCCACAAUCCUGGGGGGGUAGGGAGGCUAUUUACUCCCAUCACAGCCUCCAAAUUACCUCGUGUGGGUCGGAGAGAUGUUAUUGUCAGCCAUCUUCUGAUGCGCCUCUAGUGGCCCCUCGAAGUUGGGUUGUUUUCAAAGAAGAGUGGGAGGCAUCCAGAGUCUGCAGUCACAUUCUACAGAAAGUUUUUAACAUGUUUUCUCAAGGAAGUACACUCUUUGUCCACCCACAAUAAUAUUAACGUAUCUAGACUGUUGCAGCCAAUGCUAAAUAUGGCUGUAGUGUGUGGAGAUGUGUAUUAUUACUCACUGCUUUUUAUAUUGAAAUGUUUCUUCUAUUUUGGUGUUUAAUGAAAUUAUUUCAUCUGUCAGUUUUGCAUGCUGCAUCAGAGGAGCUGUAUUAAACCAAGUUUUUCUCAGAUCCAUUGAAAUUAAUGGACCCAAAUUAGUCUUCUCCAUUAUUUUUAGAGGGCCUACUCUGACUACAUUGACUACAACCCAAAGUGAUUUGCAGAGCACGAUGUCAUUUUUAAAGCCAUGAAAUGGAAGGAAUCCUUGGCUGAUAUUAUUCUCAUAAGGCUUGUAAAGAAGUUAAAUGCUGUCUACAAUCUGUAUGUUUUUAAAAAGCAAUAAAGUGGAGCGGUUAAAGACAUCUUUCAGCUUUUCACUUAGUAAAUCAAAAUUACACUAGACUUCUCACCUUUGGGUUUCUCACCUGUGGACUAUCUGUUCAUAAAAUUUAUUUUAUCUAGGUUUGUGCAUUGAAUCAGUGCAGUGUAUGGUGUUGUGUCUUUCAGAUGUAAGAGGCUUGAGUGGCAUGAUUGCCUUUUUCUUGGUAGACAGGUGGGUGUAGGUGAGGAAAGGAGAGAUGUGGCCCAAGUGCUCGGUUGUUCUUUUUGCAUUGUUUGUGGCAUUUUGUGUAUGGUAUUUCUGCUGUUGCUGACUUGGUCGUUGAUAAUUAUUUAAUGAUUUCUUGUAAUCAAUGGGAGUGGUUUUUGUUGUUGUCAUUUUGCUGAUAUCUUGUAAUACUAUAUGUAAAUGAUUCUAGGGAUACAUUGUGCUGUGCACAGUAACGUAGAAAGGUGGUGUACACAUUUGAAAUUUAAAAAAAAAUGCUGUGUGAAUAUUUGUAAAAUCAGUUGCAAAGACUUAGGUCAUUAAUUGGUAACCCCUCUCCCAACCCCAGAUUUCAGAAGUUAAGAAAUUCAGAUCCCGCUUUUAUUUUAAACAUGGGUCAUUAGAAUAUAGGUCUAGCUGCUUGUUUCAAAAUAAUUUGAAUAUAGGUCUAGCUGCUUGUUUCAAAAUAAUUUGGAUAGAAGGUUCUCUUUUGCUCUUAACGUUUCUUGCAAAUUUGUACUCUGCUUUUCCUUCCAUAUUAAAAUAUAAGGCCCUCGGAUGCCUGUUCACUAAACUGUUUAUCACAUAAAUUUACAAAUUCACAUCCAGAAUGAGCAGGAAACAAUUGCAAGAUUCUUGAAACUCUUUCUGUGUGUGUGUCAUGUGCAGAACUCAAGGAAGCUUAUCAGCACAGCAUCAGUGCAAGGCGAUGGGAAAAAGAGUGAGCUAGAGCCGCUGCUUGAUUUCCUCUUCAAGGCCCCUGACUGAUUGGGUGGAGCACCUGGCUAAGACAACAAGCAGUGCAAAAGAAAAGAAGAAAAAGUCACAAGUGGCUCCAAAACUGCAGGGUCAGAGCAGAAUUGGAGGCAAACAAUUGGCUUGGAGUCUGUCCCCAAUUGAUCAUGGCUCUAUUUUUAUUUGAUACCUGACACUUUAAUCUGUCAGUUUGAUGAAUCAAUAAAUGUUGAGUCCUAAUAGUAAGCUGCAUCUUGGUUGUUAAAUCUAAAUAUUUCUAGUGCUGCAGCAUUUGGGGCUUGAUAUGGGAGACUCUGAUCUAAAUUUUCAGUUGUGCCACAAAGCUAAAGGUCUGGCUUUGAGUAAAUUGUGAUCUUAAGCUAUUUCAAUUGUGGUGCAAAGUAUGGUCCCAAUCUGAGUUUCUAUUGGUAAGGAAGGACUGAAAACAUCAAAAUAUUUGGAGUACAGUCAUACCUCAGGUUGCGAAUGUGAUCCGUUUGGGAGGCACAUUUGCAACCUGCAGCAUUCACAGCCUGAAGCGCCGUGUCUGCGCAUGCGCGUGACGCAAUUCGGCACUUCUGCACAUGCGUGUGAUGUCAUUUUGUGUUUUUGUGCAUGCGCGAGCAUCGAAACCUUGAAGUAACCUGUUCUGGUACUUCCGGGUUCGGCACAGUCCGCUGUCUGAAGUUAGCAAAAAAACCAAACCCCACUUCCUCUCUGUCCCUCUCCUCUGCACACAUUCACACACACCAUUUUGUUAGUAUUGGUCUCUUGUGAAGGAGACCAUAUCUCUUAAAGCAUAAAAUCAACACUUAAGCAGUCAAUGCUUAACAGUAGCUGCAAAGAACUCCCUUAUUUCUUUUGUUUAUACCUGUAUACAUAUUAAGGAAGCACUUGUCAGUAUCACUCGUAGGUGAUCUCCAAGUGAUUCGUGCAGGACGAAGUGGGAUUGGAGCAAACUUGUAUUGGACUGAGACUUGGUUUCUUCUCAUAGUGCAAGAACUGGAGCCAAUGCUGUCCCUUACUUUUGCAGUAGUGGUCUUGGACCUUGUGAGUUCCCAUGGUUCAAGAAUAAGUUUUGAUGCUGCCCUUGAUUGCUGCAGGAUUGGGACUGGUCCUCAUUCUGCAAAGAAUUGGCUUGCUGCUGCUUUCCUGGUGUCCUAGGAUGUCCAUUGAGGGUGGAGUGGAGGGUGUUAGGCAUUCAGGCGCAUUGCUUUCUUCAUGGAGUCCCUAUCAGCAAAGCCUAAGCUGGACCACAACUCAUAGGAAGGACUGCAUAACCCCAAAAUAAAAAACACAACUAAGUUUAUAACAUACGAUGCCAAUUCUAUUCUACCCCCUUGUCUCUUUCCAGUGUCUAUUGUCACAUAGUUCAUUAUUGCAAAACACGUAAUAACUUGUUUUUUAUUAAAUAGUCCAUAGAAACUUUAUGGUAUUGGUUGUAAGAAUAUAUAAAGGUUCUGUCAGCACAAGACACUGUUCACUAGGAACUUUUCAAGUGAGAAUUCCACUGGAAUGAAUUGGAUUUGUACAAGAAGAGAGCAGUACUUUUGCUGACUUCUGCUCCUUUCUGAAACAAAAACACUCUCAAUAGAUUGUGCCUGAACAAUGCCUAGAAUUUUCCUGGAACACCUAGAACAACACCUGUCUAGCCUACCUCAAAGAGUUAGUUUUGUACUGAACAUAAAAUUAGGAGUAUUCAUUGCAAACCAGUGUGAGGAACAAAACAUGUUAAGUAAAACUUAGUUUGAAAGGUGAUAGGGUGAGGAGACAGAGGGUAAAAGUGAGUAGACCCUUUUGACACUUGCCACUCAUCAGCAUUGAUGGCCUGAAAUUCUUUCACAGUCAACAGAUUAAAUAAAUUUAGUCUUGGUGUAAUGUUUCCCUUCAAAGAAAAAUAGCAUUCACAACAGUCCGGAGAAACAGGAUCCAUUACUUCAUAUUUCAGAACCAGUUAUUUCAUAUUUGAGCUACUGGUGGUGGUAUUGAGGUGGGAAGAGGAUAAAUACUUCAUUUAAAGAAUAAUGAAGUAGAAUAAUUGCACUUUUAAAAGAUAACCCUCAUAUAUAAACAUAUCAGAGUUAGAAGAUAUACAUAAAAUAAGUUCAGCUCCAAUACAGAGACCAACUGGGAUAAACGUCUUCAUUUAAAAGACUUGUUGAAAAUAACACUUCUUUAGCACAUGCUGAAAAGACCUUAGAGAAGGUUUCUGUCUGAUAUAUCAUAGUAGGGAGUCCCAAGUGUAGGUGCACCACACCUAAGGUCUGAUUCUGGCGUCUUGCAGAGUGGACCUUAUGAUAGGAGUUAUCUGCAUGAUUCCCUCUCCUGUAGAAUGCAAUGAUUGGCUGGGUUUGUAGGGGUGAGAUGAUCUUUUUGAUAUUCUGGUCCCAAUCUGUAUAAGGAUUUGUACAGCCAAAACAGCACCUUGAACUGACCCCUGUAGAUAAUUGCAGCCAGUGCAGUUCUUUCUGUAGCAGUUUAACAUGAGAGUAUUCCACCCCAGUGAGCUGUUGAACUGCCACAUUAUUUUUUUACCAGCAACAGCUUCUGGGUUAGCUUUAUGCAAAGCCCUGUCAUAGCUGUCUUGCUGACUGAAGCUGUUAAGAUGCUCUCCUUGCCACCAAGACCUGCUAAGCCUCUAUGGCAGCAAUGGAUCCAGGAGCAUCCCCCAGACUACAAACCUUUCUCCUCUGGGUGAAUAUUUCCCCAUCCAAAGCAAACAAUCAACCAGUUAUCCAUACUUGAAACCAUCCACUACAGUGUCUCCAUUUUGGCAAUACUUAGAGUCACUUUAUUGGCCCUCAGCCAGCACCCACUGAGUCCAGGCAUUAGUCCAGUGCUUGCACGACUUCUCCUGAUUUAGAUGUUACAGAGAAGUAGAGCUGGAUAGUAUCAGCUCACUGGUGACACCUCACCCUAAAUCUAAUGACCACUCCGAGCUACUUCAAGUAGAUGUUAAAUAGCAUCUAUGACACAGUAGUAUUACUGUGGCUCCCCAGAGCAUAACAGCAACUGACCUUAAAAAUGGGCAUUUUGGAACAAAGGAACAUUAAAAGGGGACUGCAACAUGAAACUGCUGGAUUACAAUUCAGCAGUAGAUUGGAUGUUGUCACUUGUUGUAAUGAAUUGACACAAUGGGUUUUUAUCAAUCUACAACUGUUAAUUGGCUUACCAAUGCCAGGAUGUCUUUAUUAUCAACAAUGACUGUUUUGUGAAUUGUCACUAAUUAUGUAAUGAUUGCUGUCUCUAAUUUAUGCAUUUCACCUUCUGUUGACCUCCUUGUUCACAAUCUACCUACAGGAUAACAUGUCACACAUUUGAGGCAGUCCACUGGAGAACAUAAAAUCUUAUGCCGCAAUAAAUUUGUUAAGUGUUUAGGAUGCUAUAAGACUUUGUUGUUUUUAGUCUCAUUUGUGAUUACCAGCAGAUCUUUCCAAUGUGUGACUGAAAUUAGCCUGAGAGUGCAUGAAUUUUCACUGCUUCUGUAACAUUUGUGCAGGAGUUGUGCAGACUUUUUUUCUUACAUAAAUUAGAUGCUGCUUUUAAGAUGAGCAGAGGUUAGUCACAGCAAUUUAAGAAGCAGUAUAAUAUAUUAUCCACCGAAAAGCACAUAGUGGCAGCAAAUUACAAUUUUUUUGCCUGCAUGAUUAUUGGUUUGCACCCAUUUGUUUCUUUUUAGAAUUUUAUUCAGUCUUAUUGGUGACAACAACAACAACCCUAUCGUAGUGUACAAUAAAACGGAAAUAAAAACAACAUAAAACAUUAGCAAGGAUAUUAAAUUAAAAAGAUGCGUCUUGACUUCUUCUUUUGUAAAACAGAGAAUGAGGAGGUCAAUUGUGGUUCUAAAUGGAGUACAUUCUACAGUCUAGGAGCAACAUGGUGGUGGGGUAGCCUUCUCUUGGCAGUGGUAUACCCUCAAAACAGCCUCUCUGGCAGGUCUUAAUAAUAGGACAAAUUCAUGAUAGCCUAGUAUAUCAUAAACAGCGUUAGAAUGUCUAGUCGCCAUUGGUGGGGGUCAGGAACACUAUUUAUUAAUUAUUUUGAUAAGCAUGAAUUUGAUAAUACGCAAUUCACAUAAGUGACACAUUGUUAAUAUAUUUUUAAUAGAAAUUGUUAAUACAUGUUUAAUUUGGUGUUUAUAAUAAAAAUAUUGGUACCAUACGUACCAUACUUCAGUUUUCAAAACAUUCUACUCUUUAUUGUUAAACUCUUUAAAAUAUUGUCUAUCCUUAACAUAUACUUUGAGGUACAUACAUUUCAGCAAUCCUUGAGUGUCAGCCAGGUGCAAAAAAUGGCACCCAGACUUUUUGAGGUGCUCGCAAAUAGAGAAUCUUUAGGCGCGAAAUGUGCCUGGUGCCCUGCUACAUAAUUUUGAACCUUGAUCAUAAACAACUUCAGACCAAGCCAGAAUAUUAAACCAACUUCAAACCAGGGUUUUAUAUCCUUCUUUGUUCCGAAGUAGACUUAAUGUAGUUUCCUAGUUUGGAUGAAAUGGGAAGUUAUACUUACAUGAAGCCUUCCUGGUUUGUUUGCCAGUUCGUGCUGGUGAAGAAAUUGCAUUCCCAGCCAAAAAGCUCUUUCCUAUCUUGGCUUUAUCUUGCAAACUCUCCCAAAGUCUUAACGGAAGCUUCUGAUAUCCUGACUGCCUAUAAUUUCUGAAGAUUUCUGAUGGAGUGGGGUUAGAGGCAGUCAGAAAUAUUAGCUAGUUAUAACACUUUUUUGCCUAGUGUAUUUGUAGUUGAUCAAUAUGUUUCUAUUUAUAAAUUUAUUCAUUGUUAGAUUUGGCAGGACAUUUAUCAUUUUUCAGCACAUAAUGAUUUAGAUCACUGGUUCCCAAUUGGCGAUCUUUGGACCCCAGGGUCCGUGUAACCCACCCAGGGGGUAUGCAGUACCAUUUACAUAACAAAAACUACCCAUAGAGAUAUCAAAAUUUUCAAAAGUAGGGGGUCUAUGGUUUGGCUUUUGAAAAGCAGAGGCUCCACAGUACUUAGUCAAAAGGAACCACUGGUUUAGAUAACUAAAUAUAAAGAUAGUGCAGGGAAAGCAGCUUGCUGCUUGUGUGAGUAAAAGUUCAGGGUUAUCUUUUUGUAUUUCUUAGUUGUUGUCACUGAGAACCAGCAUCCCUUUAAAUCCCCACAUGCCACCGUAAUACUGUGAUGCAUCCCUGCCCUUAGGCAGGGAUAUCUUGCUUGCUUUACUCCAUUUUAAAGGACCUGGGCAGGUAAUGCAGAGAUUAGUUGGGAAAUCCUCACAAAAUACAAUUCUUGAUCCCCCUGAGACCAAUGAAUGGUUUUUGCCAGAGGGUGAUAGAGAGGCACUUCCCUCCAAAUUGUACAUACAGAAUUCUCACAGAGAAAGAUAUUCACUCAUGACUUGGAUACACACACACACACACACACACACACACAUGCGUGACUGUGCUUCCCAUUUACUCUUUGGUUUUAAAAAUACUUAGGUAUUUGAAGUAUCAGAGAGUCAGUUCUUCAGUAUAAUUGCCCUGAGAAUCAUUGCAAUAAUAUAUGAAUAAUUUUUUAAUCAGCCAGUACUGUUCCAUCAAAUGUGGAAGGAAAUAAAGGUGCUUAACUAGCUGUCCUUUUUUGUUGGUUUUACACUCUUUCCCCCGCAAAAGCUCAUCAGAUUUGCUGUGCUGUAGAAUAUGGGACUCAGAAUUUUUGACCACACUGACAAGCCCAUGGUACUGUAAUGGUGUUUGGUCUAGCAGACAUCCUCAAAAAAGCAGUCUACCUCUACUGUUGGAGGCAAGUCUCUGAUUUCCACUUGCUGGGAAUUGCAGUUGGGAAGAAAGCCUUUCAGAAUACAAAUCCACCUAACAAGUAACCUCAUCUAGUCCACAUUUUACCAGCUUCUCCGCAGGAAUAUCAUGGGGUACUUUGUCAAAAACCUUACUGAAAUCAAGAUACACUACAAGCAACAACUGAUUUAUGUCCAUCUGAUUGACAUGUAGUCGUGCAUGGCAUUGAACCUGGAAGUGACCUGAAAAGUCACGAAAAUGUCACUAAAAGAGUGGAAUGGGGUGGGCCAGGGCAGACAGGGGCAUUCUGGAAAUGCUGAAGCAGGAAUGGGGUGAAGUUCAUGCCCAAUUAGUAUCUAGGCUAGAACUCUAGUGUCUGAUGGGCAUGGAAGUGUUUCCAGAAUUAAAUGCAGAACAUUCUUGCAGUUUGGGGUUGGCAUUGGAAAUCACAUGGUAGUUGGGCACAGCUUGGAAUAAGAUUAUCUCAAGGUUGCAGACAGUUCUUUUUAUGCAUCCUAUCACACCCUAAGAAGUAGCAUUACUGCCCCCUGCAAGACCUAAAUCUUGGGGUACUACUAAAGUGAACCAGGCCAUUUCCUCUCUGGUGUGGGGAGACAUCUCUUAUCUAUCCCUACUGAGAUUGCAUUGGAAACAACAGAGGAUAUUCUUUGAGCCAUGAUUGCAGUGGGUUUCGGAUUCUGUAGUCCACUCAGAAUCCAUUUCUUGCUCUACCAAAGCUUUUGGACUGAAAUCAAGCAAUUUCUUUCUGCUCAUAAUAAUCCCCCUUAAUACAUUUCUAUCUGGGCUGGCUUUUAAUAGUAAAUGUUCUAUAUAGUUGGUGUGUGCAGUGCCUUUUAAAAUAUGUAGCUGGCCUUUUAAAUAGAAAUAGACAAUUUAAAUAGCUGCACCUAGCAUUUAUUAUUUCCCUACAGAACCAAGUGAAGAGAGGUAAUGCAAUGAGGAUUGGCCGUUUCUGUUUUCAGGCUGGGAAUUACUGGAUGGCUGCUUAAAUACGACCCAUGCUGUUUGAAAUGUAUGAAUCCAGUUUAAGCAGCUUAUGCUGUAUCUUGUGAUUUAAAGAAUACUGAUAGCUUUAUCAUCUCUCUGUAAGCAGAUAGAAUACAAUCCUAUUAAUCCCUGCAGAUAUUUCUUUGUAUAUCAUCGAAGCCUUCACCUGGUGUGUUGAAGUUGUGUUUUCAUGACAGUUUUGGUGCAAUAAGCAAGAACAACACAGUGCCAACAUUCUCUCUGUAUUUUAUUUAUUUACUGGUUCAGUCUAAAAAGUGAUUAAAUCCUGUACACUUCUGAUAUUGUGGGUUUUCUCUUACUGUUUCCUAUCAUUAUUUAUGUGAUAAUGCUUAUCCUGUGACUGUAGUCCUAAAUCAGAAUUAGAGAGAAAAAAAUAUUGUUUUCCCCUUAUAGCAGGCAUAGGCAAACUUGGCCCUCCAGAUGUUUUGAGACUACAAUUCCCACCAUCCCUGACCACUGGUCCUGUUAGCUAGGGAUGAUGGGAGUUGUAGUUCCCAAACAUCUGGAGGGCUGAGUUUGCCUAUGCCUGCCUUAUACUAAUGCAGAUUCUUUUAAACAGACACACUUCCAGGUUGUGCCAUCUGUGCUGGUCCUGGUAGUUAAUGUUUUUUGUGCAGGUUAAUCAGGAUGCUAGCAUGACUUCACUGCUGUUCUCUUUUAGCUUGUGAGCAUUGGAUACCCACAUAGUAAUAUUUUCGAUGCCAUGGACCUGCCUGGGAACACCCUUAAAUAUUUACUGAUACAGAUGACUAUCAACUUACGUGGAAGUUACAUUCUGGGAGAAAACACAUAAAGCCAAUAUCACGUAUAGCCACAACACAUUGGUUCCAAUGGCAGGUGGGAUUGCCCAAAGUCUUUUUCUUGAAUGCCUGCUUGACCUCUAAGCAUGCUUGACCUCUAAGCUGUGCCUGCCCAGAAACUAUGGUACUGUAUUCUAAAUCUGACCUUUCUAGAUGAAGCCCUUUAAAAGUGGAAAGAUAGGAUUGCCAAUUACAAUUGUUCUGUGUACGUACAGUGGUACUUCCUGUUGUGAAUGGGAUCUGUUCCUGAGCUCCAGUUGCAUCCCAAGGAAUUCACAACCAGAGGUGCUGCUUCUGCGCAUGUGCGCGGCGAAACCUGCAAAAAUACAUCCGGGUUUGCCAUGUACAUAUCCCAAAGGAUACAUAACUGGAGGUGAACGCAAGUAGAGGUACCACUGUACAGUGGUGCCUUGCAAGACGAAAUUAAUUCUUUCCGCGAGUUUUGUCGUCUUGCGAAGCACGGUGUUGGGAAAGUUUUGGAAAAGCUUCAAAAAUCACCACAAAGUUUUUAAAAACCUCAAAAAAGGCUACCACACCACGUUCUAUGAGUUGCUCCUCGAAGUCAAGUCGCAACUGUAUUAACGGUGUUAAGAAAAAGGAAACAAACUUGCAAGACAUUUCCGUCAUGCGAAGCAAGCCCAUAGCGAAAAUCGUCUUGCGAAGCAGCUCAAAAAACCCUUUCGUCUAGCGAGUUUUUCGUCUUGCGAGGCAUUCGUCUUGCGAGGUACCACUGUUCUUGUCGUUCUACUUCAGUGUAGGCCUGGGCCUACACAUCAGUAUAUAUACAUCAGUAUAUCGCGCAGGACUGGUAUGAGGGGCAGGCAGUGAUGAUGGCUUCACUCAGUGGUAUCUCGUGGGUGAAACUGUUGCCUCCUGAGUCCCUCUGCUACCAGCGCCCAGUGCACCAAGGGAGAAACAAGCUUCAGUCAGGCGCUGAAGGCAGAGGUACUCAGGAGCAGUGGCGGUUUCACCAGUGAUAUACCACUGAGUGAAACUGCCAUUGCAGUCUUCCCUCAUACUGCUGCAGAGGCAGAAACAAGCUGCAUCAGUGAGGCUCUGAUACAGCUUGUUCCUCCCUUGCUUCUUUAAACUGCUUGGCUGAGGAGUGUGCCACUGCCCUUGCCUCGGCCAAGCAGUUUUACGGAGCCCCAGACCUGCCACCGGCUCGCAGCGUCAGGGUGGAGGCUCCGUUAAAGUGCUCCCCCUCUCCAGCUGAGGGAGCCCCGAUCCUUCUGCUCACAUGCUUUUUUAUUUAAGGAUCUUCUUUGUAAAACAAAUUGAGCAAUAAAACAAUUUUAAAUAGUAAAAGGGAAGUACUUACGAAAAUUCAGGAAAUGUUGACAAGAAUUGAACUUUGAAUACAAUUAGUAAGACAUUGAGUGGAAGCAAGUAGAAAACAAUGGUAGCAGUCCAAAAGGGAGGGGGAACCUCAGGAUGUCACUGGAGAAUAUAGUAUCUAAAUAACUAUUGUGCAUGGGGCGGGGGGAGAUGCUAAGCAUUUCUACACGUUGGCUGCUUGCAAGCUUUGAAUUUAAGUGCCAUAAGAAUCUUCAAAAGUCAGACAAAUUGACUUCAGUGAGAUUUCCCCACCUGAUGUGUGCCUAGGGUUGCAUCCUAAGUCAUUACAAGAUUGUAGGUUGAUGAUAUUAGAUUUGUAAACUUAUCCCAUAGCUUUUAAUCUUGAGUUCCAACAUAGCUGACAAUUGGGAUCCAAGUGCAGUGUCCAGUGAGCAUUUUGUAGUGAGGAGUGUUGUUAAAUAAGAUUCAAGAGCAUGUUUUCAGUUUAAACUGGUUACAUAAUAAUCUGUCAAGCUUAAUUGGCUGUUAGCAGGCAAGUAAAUCGAGGAAGCACAUAAAAUAAAGCUGUCAGUUUGGGAACCAUUGUGAAGUGUUGAAUUGGAGAUGAUCUGUCACCUGUUUUCUAGCUUGUGUUGUGCGGGGGGGGGGGGGAGGCAUUUCCACAGAGCUUCAUGCAGAGAUUAUGAUUACUCAGAAAAGAAGGCUGCCUGUGUUCAAAUAAUAAUAUGUUAAUAGUGGAAAUCAAAGCAAUAGCUGUUUGCUCCAGCUUUUAUCUCCACCCCUCCAUGUUUGUGUAUGUAAGUGAUUUAAGAGUUACGCUUAAAAUUUUUACUAAAGCAUUAGUAUGUGCACUGCUUAUUUCAUUUAGAAGAGAUGUUGGUUAAAUUCAAAUGAUUCUCCAAACAGUUGAUUUUGGAGGGCUAAUAAUGAACCACUCAUUCCUUCUCCCACUUCCUGGGUUCCUUUCACAUAGCUGGCCAUCACAUCUUAAUUGGGAAGGUGCUAAUCUCUAUAAACUGUUAAUUUGGAAGGCCACUUCAAAUCAUGGUUUGAAGGUUAAUGUAACCACAGUUUUGCUCAUUUAGUAUGUGACUUCAUAGUAUACACAGCAAACACUUAUGUCCUGGGGAGUCAGGACCAAGGAUGCGGAAUUGGAGAAGAGAGCCUCUUUCUCCCAUUGUAUGUCCUGAUGCCCAUGACCAUGGUUUGAGGAAUUAGUGAUAUCUGAACUGAACCAGUAAGUAAAGAUCUCAUCCUUUGCAAUAAGUCUCCCCCCCAACAUUUUAGCUAGUUUUCUACUUGUAAGCACUAGAGCAAACUGCUUUCCAUGGUAGGUUUUAAUAGGGUUUGAAAAUGGUACUUCAUGUUUCUGUAAUUGCAACUAGUCACUUGGAAAAAAAGGAGGAAAACAUGUGUGUCAGGGGUUCAGGGAGAGAGGCACAGGGUAGGCAGGAGAUGGAGAGCGAGGGGGAGGAAUUCCAAGCCAGCGAGGAAGAGGAUGACAAUGACUCAAGAGAUUCCAUGAGUCUUUCCAGCGAAUCAGAGGAUUCCCAGAAGGGGGCGCCGGUGGUCAAGGCCAGGGGAGCCCCAGGGGGGAAGUGUCAGGAGCAGGGUGCUAGCGGAAGAUCCCAAAGUGGCAGCUGGGCGUCAGGACCAGCCUCCCCACCAGAGUGCAGCGAAGGGGGUGGAGUUUCCAGUGUGUCAGAGGAAGCAGCUCCAGCAGCAGAGAAAGGAGGGGGUCAGAGCAAGCCGCCCUCCCGGAAGGGGAGGGAGCAGUGAAGGGAGUAGUGUAACUGUCAAAAGGAAAGUUAGAGGUUUGGCGCGCGCGCCUAGUUCAAAUGUAGAGGCGCGCGGAAGUGCAGGGAGCCCGGAGGAGGGGCCAGGUCCCAAAGCCCGCAGGAGGGGGGAAGAGCAGUCUGGGGAUUCCGCAUCAGAGGAAUCCAGGAGGGGCGAAACCCCAGUGGGCAGAAGGACCCUGCGGAAAAGGAAGGAGAGAAAGAGGUGGAGCAGCGCAAGUCUCUUAAAUUGGUGCAGGGGAGGAACUGACUCAGAAGGGGACUUCGGCGGUCUAGCGUAAAAGACGUAAGGCUGCGCGCCUAGGAUGUCAAGCAAACCAUGAACUGCAAUAAACACUUUUGUAUAUAAGAAGACAGAGGCGUUGGUCUUUUGUGAGCUAAGACUUGAGGCAGCCUUGACAAUGUGUUUUGUUUCUUUUUAAAGAAUGUUACUUUUAAAAAAGGCAACUAAUAGGACUUAUUAUUUGUAUUUGUUGCUGUAGAAAUUCAACCUCAUUAUAAGGAUCCAUGAUUCAAACAUUAAAAUUGUCAGUUAAUAACUUACUGUUGAGCACUGUCUGCAUGUAUUCUUGGCAUAAUGUUUUGUUGUUUUUGGGUGAAAAGUUGGAAGGGGAAUUUUAUCAUUGUUAAGCUAUGCUUGCCCAAACUAAACUUGCUGUAAUGAGCUGCUGUCAUAUACAGACUUUGAACGGCUGUUCAGAUAUUAACACACACUUACAUGCCCAUGAUGAGAUUGUAAGCGGUCCAGAAUGAUUCCUUCCCUCCAAAUAGAGAGAAGUCCCUAGGGAAAUUUUUAGUUCAUGUAUCCAGGAUUGGAGGAGAUUCUGCAUAGAAAUCAUUGCAUGAUCAUCUGGCUUAGGUGUGCUGGGGGAUCUGGAGAGGAAGCUUAUUUUGGGGGGGGGACCACAGGGUAGGUGCUGAUGUGUCCUACUUCUCUCUCUCUCUCUCUCUCACACACACACACACACACACACACACACACACACGGAUUCUAAAUAACCUAGCUACUUUCUUCCUUAAAAACUAACUUGGAAAUUAGUAUUAAUUUGACCCCUUUAACAUGAGUAUGCUUGUGUAAACCAUAAUGGACAACUGUUUGGAUUGGGGCUGCAGUUGGGUUAAAUAAAUAAAUAAAUUCUGGUGUUGCUGUGUAGGGUUUCAAAGGCAGUGUGGAUAACCCAUUUUGCAUCUUCUUUAAAAGAGAAGCCGCUCUCCUCUUGUAAUGGAUAUGCUCCUUCCCUUGCAGUCAUGGCCUUCGUUUCCUGAAUGUUAGGACUACAAAACAUUUGGAAUGUGUUCUUUGCUUGAGCUAUUACGUUGAACCCUAAAUGAGAGGACAUGUUUGCUGUUUUAUAGGGUUUAUGGUUGGAAUGAUGCAACAGAGAUUCCAUUCUGAAACUGUUUUUAGUCUGCUGGGUGUCUGAUUUAAACAUCGUGCUGCUGUAAGAGCUUCUGUUUUAAAAUUAGUCCACAAUGUGCCUAAUUUUAUAACUAGUUUUAUAACUUCUUCCUUAUAGGAUAUCAUAGCAAAUAUUACUGAUCAUGCUAUACUAGAAUUUUAUUCUAGACUUGUUCAGAUAAAAUACUUUUGCCUCUUACAAUCCCUGAUGGUUGUGAACUGCCUUGAGAUCUGUGGGUGAAGGACAGUAUACAAAUUAAAUAAAAAAUUAACAAUAAUAGUGCUCAUUGAGGUAGUACAUCUGUGUCUGGGGUGCAUAUCCAUUCAGACAACAAAUAGAGAAAGGCCUAUCAGGGAGAAGACUUCUAGCAUAGCAUUCAUUGUGGCAUUCUAGUUUUCUUUGUCUAGAAGCCGCUUUUUCCCAUUAGAGAGCAGACAGUCCUGUCCUGUGAAUCACCAUCUGCAUUCUGACAGCCCAGAUGCAGGUUUACCACCUCUAGUGAGAAUUAGGUCACUGUCCCUCAUGUGAAAUAUUCUACAGCUUUCUUAAUAUCAUCCUAUCAGAAACUAAGAAAAGGCAUCACAUAGUCCCUGUUUGUGAGAUCAGAUUAAACUAGGCUGAAUUAUUUUAUCUGUGACAUUAUCAAGCUGUCUCAUUUUUGAUCUCUUAAUGGUUUUACAGCAAAUCCUCUAUCUAUAAUGGAAUUAGUCCAUUAAUCUUACUGCUGAGCUUGAAUGUUUUUUUCUUUCCCCCACUUGACUCCAGUGUAUUUUUAGUGAUUAGACCAUAAAAAUAAUAAAUUGUAAUUGCACUUGUUGCUGGCUGUAGAGAAAACGUGUGUGGCCACACAUACACAUGCUUUGUAUGAAUGAUACCUAUCAAACAAUUAAGCAAUUGUAGUUUUUUUCAAAAACUACAAUUUUGGUGACAGGGAAACAUUCUAAGGUCUGGUCUCGGUUGUAUACAAUAUUAACUUGCUACAUGUAACUUCUUCAUUGACUAAACUGAGGCACAUGAUAAACCAUUUAAAUAUUUAUCAAACUUCUUUUCUGUUUUCUUAGCCUUUGGGGUGUAUUGUUAUUAGCCUAAAAAUAUCUAUUUAAAGCCACAACUAAAAGCCUAUUUUUUAAAAAAUUAAGAAGCUGAAUUCUAAUGCAGGUUACAAAAGAAGUCAUGGGCUGUGUAAUAACCACCCUGAUUCAGCAUACCUAUACUAACACAUAGGAUAAAACCCUUCUCUAUAUGCGGAGGGAUCGCAGUAGGGCAGUGGUUCCCAAACUCCACACAUCUGCCCUGACCAUAAGGCAUAACAAAUGCCCUGCCUUCCAGACUGUUGCAGGAAACAGGAAGUCUGUUUGUGCCUCAUAUAAUCUCCAUUUGGUGUGAUGCCAACAUAUGGAGAGAAAAGGUUUGUGAUAUGCCCCAUCAGGAUCCCUCUGUACACAAGAUCUCUUUUGCCCCCUGCAUGGUGAAGAAUUGUGCUCACAAUAUGCAUGUGUUACAUAGUUCACAAUACAUUGAGGAUUUGUAGAAGAACCAGUGUUGCUCUUUGGAAGAGAAUUUUGACAAGGGUCUAUGUUAAAAUCAUAGCUUUAUCUGUUAAAAUCGGGGUACUGCUGAAAUGUAAAGCUUCCUGGUCUCCUGUGCUUCUUCCAUGUGUGAAACUAUCAUAAGAGGAACAAUAACCUAAGCAAAACCAUGGUUUUCCUUAGAAAAAUCCACUAGCUUACAUGCCCUAGUUGUAUUUAUGUAAAUAGGAAAUCAGUGUUUUCAUUCAUAUUAUGAAUAUACCUUCAUGCAUGAUAAGGGUUUUAUAUGUUCCUUGUACAGAUUGUUUAUACAUCAGAACUUCCCUAAGAUUGUUUCACAUAUUUUGUCAUAUAUUCUGAAAACAUUAAGUAUAGGUUAGAGACAAUAUUGGCUGACUUGUACAAUUUUGUCUUCCUGGAUCUUAAAAUAAAUAAAUAUGGGGUGGUAACUAACUGCCAUCUGCUUCAUACAGAGAGAUUGUGUUCUAUAAAUGUAGAUAGCUAAAACUAUGUAGACUGGCCUUUUGAUUACUAGUGUAGUUAUCAGUCUUGAGAUAAAUAAAUGGAUCCCUUUAAUUGUAAUAAUAAUCUGGGACAUUGUUUUCAGGUUAAUGGGUGCCACUUGGUUUUUUGAUCAUGGUGGGUACUGUUUUUCUACUGAGUGUGAUAAUUCUCAUUUUUAAAAUUUGGUAUAGGUUUAACUAUAUUAACACAUACAUAGUCAAAAUGUAACAUUUCAUGGUCUAUGAACUUCCUUUUGAUUUUAUUUUGAUAUUUAAAUGAAUGCCUCUGAAUCUUUUGGAGAAACCAUUGCAGUAAUAAAGUGGAUGGCAAAUUAGACUUUGUCGUUUUACCUAUUCUCUGCCUUUAAAUUUAAAAUGUGUACCUAGGAUGUUUGGUGAGUUUUCUAAAUGAUGCUGGUUUUUAGAAAUAUAGGAUAGAAUCUCCAGAAUGUUAGGAGGUUCAUAGAAUCAUGGAAUUGUAAAGCUGAUUUUUUUUCUGUUCAGUAUAUAUAAAUGUAAUAGAAAUGAAAGGGAAGCAGGGAUCCUGCUUUUUCAGAUUCAUAGUUUUGCCUAAGAUUGUCAUUUCUUUUUCUUUCCCAGAAUGUUGGCUAUGAAAGCUCAGGGAAGAAGUAGCAGGGAGAAAAACAUUACCCAGUGGUAAGUUUAACCCUCCGCCCCAUUGAAUUAGAUAAAAAAGUAAUGUUUCAAUCACAUUGGUUCUUAAACUAUUUUCUUUACUAUUUUUUAGCUUUGGAUACCAAAUAAAAUUUUAGCGAUACCUUUAACCGUAUAUAUGUUUAUAAAAGUAAUCAGGAAAUGAAGAAGAAACAAUUUAGCUGUUUAGUUUUGUAAUUCAAAAUUUAGCAAUACUUCAUUUUCAAUUUAUUAUUAUUAUUAAUUAGAUUUCUAUACCAUCCUUCAUCUGAAGAUCACAGGAUGGUUUGCAAUAUAAAAACACAAAAAUGCAUAUGAUGAUUUAUACCGCACUCUCCCUGGCCAAGUCCGGGCUCAGGGCUGCUAACAUCAGGUAUAAAAACAUUUGAUUAAAAUACAACUUAAAAUGCAGCCUCAUUUCAGUGGAAGCCCAGAUCAAAAACUGUUUGGGGGGGGGAUGUCAGAUCUUCAUCAAGGCCAACUAUCCAGACUGGUCCUACGUGGGCCAGAAAAAAGCCAGGGAAGUCCCCAAAUAGGGGUUCCAUAACAGAAGGAAAAGGAAAGCGGGGGAGGGGAUCAGGCUGAUUCCAAGCCAAAGGCCAGGCGGAACAACUCUGUCUUACAGGCCCUGCGGAAAGAAAUCAGAUCCCGCAAGGCCCUGGUCUCAUGAGACAGAGUGUUCCACCAGGCCAGAGCCAGUGUUGAAAAGGCCCUGGCCCUGGUUGAGGCUAAUCUGACUUCCUUAGGGCCUGGGACCUCUAGAGUGUUGCUAUUUAUGGACCUUAAGGUCCUCUGCAGGGCAUACCAGGAGAGGCGGUCCCGUAGGUAUGAGGGUCCUAGGCCGCAAAGGGCUUUAAAGGUCAAAACCAGCACUGUAAACCUGACCCUGUACUCCACCGGGAGCCAGUGCAGUUGGAAAAGCACUGGGUGAAUGUGGUCCCGCGGCGAGGACCCCGUAAGGAGCCUCGCUGCAGCAUUCUGCACUCGUUGGAGUUUCUGGGACAACUUCAAGGGCAGCCCCAUGUAGAGCAAGUUACAGUAGUCAAGCCUGGAGGUGAUGGUUGCAUGGAUCACUGUGGCCAGAUCAGGGCGGGAAAGGUAAGGGACCAACUGUUUGAUAUGGCGGAGAUGGAAAAAUGCCGCCUUUGCAGUAGCUGCAACCUGUGCCUUCGUGGAGGCACACCCAAACUCUUGACAGAAGGCACUGGCACAAGUUGAGCCCCGGCAAGAGAUGGGAGUUGGCCCCAUAACAAACAAACACACCCACACCCCAAGUUUAAAAGGCCAUAGAUUGCUUAACCAGACAAAGGCCUGGAAGAAGAGAAAUGUUCAAAAAGGUAAUCCCUUACCUGUGCCCUUUACCUCUUAUUGUUCUAUCAAUCCAGCCAUUAAACUUUAAACUUUAAACUGGAGCUAAGCCAUGGUUUAGUUUAAAUGCAUUACAUCUGAACCUGGGCUUGUGGUUUGUCUUGCUUCAGGCAAAAUAUGUUUGUUUUUGGUUUACUGCUUGUUUGUCUGAGGCAGACAAACUAUGAGUCUGAGUUUGGAUAUGGCUUAGCUCUGAGUAGCGCAGCAGCAGAAGAACUAGAAGAGAAGCAAAGCAGCCAUGGUUAGUUAACUCAGGAAGUACUGACUUACAGCACACAGAGAAGGAGGGGGGGGAUAGGGUGGUGCCUUUAUGGAAUGGUUGGUCACAAGGCUUAUGUAUAUAAACCAUGAUAUAUACAUUUGAGUAUUUACUCCCUUAACACCCUGAUCCUUUGCAAGUUGAGUAAAGUUAUAGUUGACUGCAUGGCUGGAUUCUACUCUAAUGAAGGAGUAGAGUAGCAUGAAGAGGUCACUAUUUCUGCUGAGAGAUAGUUUAAUCUGAAGAACUGUAUGGGUAUGACCUUUUAAAAAAACCCAAACCCAGAUUUGUGGAUAACUGUCAGCUUUCACAGUACUAAUAUUUAUACAGUAUUGCUUAUUUAUAUACUACUUUUUAGUCCAAAGGCCUUUUCCUUUACAUACCUUUUCUAUCCUUGCUAAAGUAUAUGGCAGUAUUUUGUGCAGCAUCCUAAGUCUAUUGCUAUUUUUAUAAUGAUUUUUUCCCUCUUUUUACAAGAGUGCCUGAAAAUGACAACAAAGCGGAACUUGUUCGUGCGGUUGGUGCCAUGCCGCUGUUUGCGUGGAGAAGAAGAAACUGUCACUGCACUUGAUUACUCUCAUUGCAGCUUGGAGCAGGUGCCGAAGGAGAUUUUUACUUUCGAAAAGACUUUGGAAGAACUCUAUUUAGAUGCUAAUCAAAUUGAAGAACUUCCAAAGGUAUGUUAGCUUCUAAUUGUGUGAGUGAGUGAGAGAAGAGUGCUCACGUGCACAUUUGUGCACAAGGACAGGGGAUGGACUGAUAAUCUUCUAGUUGCUUUAUAACACCGAUAGCCAGUAUUGCUGAACAUACUUCUCUGGUCCUGUGCUGGUCCGCACCAAAGUGAACCAUGGUUAAUGUUAAAUGGCAGCUGAAUUUUGCAGCCUCAUUUGCAGCCAGUGAAUUUGGGGUCCAUUUUUCUGAUUAUGGGGAGGAGGAGCUUGCCUUUAGAAGUGGCAGCAGUAACUUGUUAGUGUUUUGUAUAGUAUUUAUUGUGCUACAGAUGCAGGUAUUGGGAGUGGCAAUAGCAGAACUCCCGUCUCAGUAGGCUGGACACUAUUUACUUUUUCUCAAAACACCUCAGAUGCGGUGUCAUUCCUGAAUGUGUGUUUGUGUGUGGGAAUGAUGAGCCCUAACUGCAGCCACCAUUCUGGGGAGAUGGUAGCAGUUGUCACUUUUUCUCCUCCACAAUGCUCUGGAAUGAUACUGGAUUGUAUUUCACUGAUAACUUUUACGCAAAGUAGACACAUUGAAAUUAACAUGAUGAACUUGGGUUCAUUAAUUUCAUUGGGUCUACUCUGAAUAAAAGUGGAAUACAACCCAUAAUGUCCAAGGUAUUUGGGAAGAAAACUAGUGGUGUCAGACCACCAGGAGGGGCUCUAUACACCUGUGGCAAUGGGACAAUAAAGCUUUUUUUAAAAGUUGCAGAACCACUACUGAAGAAAAUUGUAAGCCAUGAGGGUGGCAAAUUUCACCACCACUCCUCAAAACAGCAAAGUUGCUUUGUUACCAUGAGGUAAGGCAGGGGUCGGCCAACUUUGACAGAUGGGUGGGACCACCCACCUGGACAUCGUUAUGGCACUGACAGUGCUUUUUUAGAGGAGGUUGCUGUAUCAGUUGUUCAGCAACCUCCUUUGAACUUCUAUGGGUGGCAUUCAGCUGAUUAGCUCUGGGAGCACACUUUCAGAUAGGUACCUCCUUUAACUCUUUGCUGAUGGGAAAAUGCUGUUUAAAAAUGAAACAUUUUCUUCUCUGCAGAGGAAGUGGUUUAGAUUUAAAGUACCAGAGGAAGCCCUUUGAAGCCAAACUGCUUCCUCAAACCCCCUUGGCUGCAACCAUUACAAAUAUACUAGCAUGUGAUUUUAAGAUGGGGGUGAGAAUCUAAAAUCUGAGUCUUUAAACAAGGUACCAAUGUUUUGUUACUACCUCCAGCUAAAAUUAUAUUUCAUUAAUAUGUACAACUCAUAUCAGGUUAAUAACUAUUUAUUUUAUCUGAAUGCUUAAAAAUUUUAUGUUAGUAAUUUACUAUUUUACUGUUAUUUAUUACAUAGUUCCUCACGAUCAUUGUGUGAGAUGGGUUAGGUUGAAUGAUGGUGAGCAGCCCAAGUGAACUUCAUGGCCAAGUGUAGAUUUGAACCUUGGUCUCCCCAUUCUAAUCCAACUCUCUCCACUAUACUACUCUGGUUCUCAGAUCUAUCAUUUUCCUCCAGUGGCCAGAAUUAUCACAAUAUAUAGACUUACCCUCAAUAUAUAUAUAUUGUAGUCCUCAGUGAUGGAUUGCUAGUUUUGAAUCAGUAGGAUACUAAAGAGCACAAGGGGUUUAGCUACAAAUCUGCUAGUCCCGUGUUUGAAGUUGCCUCUGCCAUUAAUUCAUUAGGUGCCCUUGGGCAAACUGGUUUCUGUUCCAUAAUCAGUUUGGAGAUAAUCCCUGGCUUUCAAGGGUUCGUCUGUAAAGUGAUCUGAUCUACACAGUCCUUGAUUCCAAUCUCACUUUCAUUUCAUGAGAUUAUCUUCUCUCUGCUCAUGAUUUGACAUCUUCUAGGUUGGUUACCAUGAAACAUGUCUUAAAUUCAGGGCUUGUGGGCUUUGAAUUGCAAGAAGUUUUCAAGGGAUUCUAGGAUCUACAACAGCUACAGUGUUUACAAGACUCCACUGCUUUUUUGCCUCUCAUGGCUUCUAGCCAUGUUUCCCUAAAUGCAUUUAACUGUGUUUCUUCCUGGAGUGGAAUCAGUUUUGAAUAUUAACUAUGAAGAGCUGUGGAUUUUGGGGGUUGUUUUUUUUUUUGGUAAACUUUAGUAUGUUUUACACAUGUGUUCACCAGAAAGGAGUGUUAUGCUGUGUUAUUAAUUUGUUAACAAUUUAUUUUUUGCUUUAGAAUACAGAUUAUCAGUACAGACAGAUUAAUACUUAAUAAAUAACUAUUAUGAAGUAAGUUUUUUUGCCAACAAUUUUAUAAGAAUAUUUGUAGUGUCCUUUAAAACUCUUAAUGUACAAGAUUAGCUUUGGUUAUUUGUUUGUGAUUAAUAGCUUCAAAAUCAUGGAACGUAAAAUAUUUCUUGCAGAUUAUUUUGAACACUAUAUCAUUUCUUUGACUCAGUAGCUGGGCUUUAAGAAGUUUAAACCUAGCAUAUUACAAUAAUAUGCUCUCUUUUUUGGUCUUUGUCUCAAUAGCAACUUUUUAACUGUCAGUCUCUGCACAAGUUGAGUUUGCCGGACAAUGAUCUAACAACAUUGCCUGCAUCCAUAGCAAAUCUCAUUAACCUCAGGGAACUGGAUGUCAGCAAGAAUGGUGAGUUUUUUUGUUGAAACAAUCAAAAGCACUGAAGAGCAAGGCUGUAUCAGUGUAUAAAUUUCAGUUUUUUGAUUGACCUGUAAUAGUUGAGUUUCUGUAAAAAAAAAUAUUGUUUGUCUCUAACAUAGUUCUAAGUGAACAUGAUUCUCUCAUUCCCCUCCCCUCACCCCACUCCAAUCUGUUCUAAACAUUCCCACAAAGUUCUGGGGUAGAUGUGGCAAGGGUUCAGGACCUGCACAGUGAGAAGAGAGCAGGGAAAGAUCUGCUGCACAAGCGAAAAUCCUUGUGCUGAUGGACACAGGAGUUGAAUUCCUUCCCAUUCCUCUUAAUUAACAAUCUUGUGGUAUUGUUAUGUAGGGUUUUCCCUUUCUGUUGUCUGUAUUCUCAGCCUUACUUCAAAUGCCAUGCUAUACAGAGGCACAGUUGUGUACCUAAACCAAAUACCACUUUUGCUUCCUGUCAGUGCAGGGCAAAAUCACAACGCUCAAAAGUUGACCUGGUUUUUUGCUGGAUGCUUGCAACUCCUAUGUGACCUUUUCUUCACAUCUCCUUAGGCUAUUGAUUUGAACUAAGAGCAUUAAAAACUUACUUUCUAGCUUGUAAAACAUUGAUUUCUGUCACUUGUUCAUUCCCUAAAACUUUUUAACCAUGGCUUCUAGCAUGUUACUUAGUUUAUAUCUGUUGUUUUCAAUGUGCUUUCUUAUCAGUUACUGGAUUUUUUAAAUUGAUUACUUUUGUUUCUUGUUUUCCCCCCCCCCCAUUUAUUUAGGAUUGCUUACAACUGCUGUGAGCCACCAUGAGAGUUUUUUAAAAACACACACACCUGAAUGGUUGUAUAGAAUAAGUUAAAAUAAAUAAUAGACUAAGGUGAUUAUAACCCCCCCCAUAAAUCUCCCCCCAUAGGCUCCAGCAGUCAACACAUUUUAAAACUUGAAAUAUUCCUAGAAUGCGCACACUUAAGCUUGGCCUCUGACAAGUCUGAAGUGAGAGGAAUUUCAUAGCUGUGAGGCAACUGUUGAAAGGUGCCUUGAUCUCUCAGCUUGGAAUAUAUGUAAAAUAAUCAAGACACCAUACUUGGCAAAUCAGAAGGAUCACACUGGGACGUAGGUAGAGAAUUGAUCUGAAUGGAGUGCCAGAUAAGACCCCAAUGCGGUCAUUUUUAGACCAAGUUACCACUGCUGAAAAUCAAAGGAAAGGCUUGAAAAUGUGUGCUUAAAUGUUUAAAUUCUAAAACGAGAGAGAGUAUUCAGGCAACACUUUAUUUUCUGUUAGUGAAAUAAUUCAAUAGAAGUAUUUUAUUCAGCAAACAUACUGGUCUCUCUGAUUUAUUUAUUAAUCAGCCUGUCCAGAUCCUAUUGCUUCAGAUGUUUUAUAGCAUUGGUCAGUGACAGUAACAUUAGCAUGUAUACCUGUCCAAUUAAUGUAAUACAGUCUGGGUUUGUUUGCUUCUGGUUUGUAGAAGUUCAGAUUCUCCUUGAUUUAUCAGCAAUUCAUUCUGAACCUUCUAUACACCUAGGGAAGUAAUACGUUAUUGUGUACUAUUUCAAAUGUUAAUAGAAUAGCAUUGGUGAGACAAGCGUCUUCUUCUUCUUCAGAAGAUACAUCCCUAAACUACACUGGACUAUAAUAGGCAAAUAGGAGGAAACUAUAGUGGAGAUUGCAAUUUUGCAUUUGAUUGCUCUCUGUCAGACACCCAAGCUGAGUGAUGGCUCAGGGCAGUCUGGCAGAGAACUCAUUCCCACUCUUCCAAGCUUAGGGAAAACUGGCAUAGAACUCAGUUGCUCCUUACGAGCUUUUGCCAUAUGCCUGGGGCUGGUGGAGAAAAAUAGUUAAAAGCCAAAUCCAGAAACAAAAAUACAUUUUUUAAAAAACAUUGCCAUGCUUGUGUAAUGCAUAUUGACAGUAUUAUGAGUUCUAUUGGUAAUUGGUGUAUUUGAGGUGAACUAGUGCAAGCUUUUGAUUAACUUGGCCAGUGUUGGAAAUAUCAAACAGUUUUGGUACUUCAAUAGCAAUGUGAGAUAAGAUUUUAGCUGUUCAGAUUUAAUUAGCCCAGAAUCUCAGGACUGAGCACGGUUUCCUCCCCCUCACCUCAUUUUAGUGCAGCAGAAAACCAAAACAGUUAAUUAUUUAUUUUUAUUUCGAAUAUUAUAGACCAUUUUACACCAUAGAUGGUCACAAAAUGGUUUACAUAGUAAUCAAAUAAUUAAUCAAAUAAUAAGGGUUUUUAAACAAAAAGCACAGGUAAAAUAAUAGAUUCCAUAGACAUAAUACAUGAGUAGGCAAACUAAGGCCCAGGGGCCAAAUCCGGCCAAGUCGCCUUCUCAAUCCAGCCCGCAGACGGUCCGGGAAUCAGCGUGUUUUUACAUGAAUAGAAUGUGUCCUUUUAUUAAAAUGCACCUCUGGGUUAUUUGUGUGGCCUGCCUGGUGUUUUUACAUGAGUAUAAUGUGUACUUUUAUUUAAAUUGCAUCUCAGGGUUAUUUGUGGGUCAUAGGAAUUUGUUCAUGUUCUUUUCUUCAAAAUAUAGUCCAGCCCCCCACAAAGUCUGAGGGACAGUGGACUGGCCCCCUGCUGAAAAAGUUUGCUGACCCUUGACAUAAUACAACUUAAAAUGCCUCCUGGAAUAGAAUGGUUUUCUGAAGUACGGUUUACACUUGCCUUAAAAGCAUGACCGAACAAUGGUUUGUAAACUUGGUUUUCACGCACAGCAAAUCAUAUUUUUGACUGUUGAAACAAACCAGGUGAAACUGCAUUUUGCUGUGAAAUUAGGACUCAGAUUCAGGAUCUCGGAGGGUGGGUGGGGAAAGUGAGUUUACAAACUUCAUGCUCAUUCUUGCAACACCAAGCCAUAGUUUGGUAUUGCUUGUGAAGAACUGCAAUGUGUCUGGAGAGAGUAAGUAAAUCAUAUAAAUAAUUGGAAUCUGGCUUACGUUUCUACUACCAGUCAAUAGGAAGUAGCUAUUGAAUUAGCUGCCACAUGGUUUGCAGUCUUCACGUUCACCAUUUUGUUCAGCUGGUAUGGUGACAAUUCACUUAUAUUCCUUUUCCUGUAGUUAAAACCAAACAUGUGAACAACUAUCAGUCCCUUUCACAGUGUUCAAUGUAAGCUGCUAUGAGUGCAGGGUGUUUCUUUUUCUGCUUUUUAAUGUACAGUGGUGCCCCGCAAGACGAAUGCCUCGCAAGACGAAAAACUCGCUAGACGAAAGGGUUUUUCGUUUUUUGAGCUACUUCGCAAGACGAUUUUCCCUAUGGGCUUGCUUCGCAAGACGGAAACGUCUUGCAAGUUUGUUUCCUUUUUCUUAACACCGUUAAUACAGUUGUGACUUGACUUCGAGGAGCAACUCAUAGAACGCGGUGUGGUAGCCUUUUUUGAGGUUUUUAAAGACUUUGGUGAUUUUUGAAGCUUUUCCAAAACUUUCCCGACACCGUGCUUCGCAAGACGAAAAAAAUCGCAAGACGACAAAACUCGCGGAACGAAUUAAUUUCGUCUUGCGAGACACCACUGUAUCUCUUACCGAGAUUUUGUCUCCUUGCUGUCACAAAUAUAAAUAUUUUGCAUAAACUUGAGCUUAGGAGACAGUCUUUUAAUCUUAAUUUUCCCUUAAUGUUUUCUCGUAGAAGGCAAUGCUUCUAUUGGAAUCUGGCCACAUGCCUACUAUUUUCUUAAUUAAGUUUCAUAAGUUUGUAAGACAGACUGUUCUGUUAACUUUGUGCAGCUGAGAACCUCAGGGUAAUCGCUUAUUGUGUAAAUUGCCUUGAAGAAAGUUCAUUCUUGCCAUUUAUAAAUGGGUUGCCAAGCUGGCUCAAGAGGCGUUGGCAAGCUGCUUUUUGCAUGGCUUCUAGUUAUUUCAAGGAGGAGACAGUCCAUUGCCCCCUCACUUCCAUCUAUGUGCUUGGGAUGAGAGAGAUAAUUAGAAAAAGGAAAUCUACUGUCCCUUCGCAGCUCAACACACAACUUCAGUUCCCAGGCACAUUAAGACUAUUCGGGGCUUGGAAUAAGAGUGGAUGAGACAUAAAAGCCUUGUGUGUGAAUGCUGUAUUACUGGAACAUUGGCCUGAGGCUGUACAUGGCAUGUCUGAGCAGCAGCUGUUUAAGCUCGGUGACUAUAAGCAGAAGGUAUCUUUAAGAAAAGAUGACCUAUGGAAAAGAUGGUUAAGUCAUGACAUUGCUAUUCGCACACACAUUGAAAGCUGUAUAAAGGAAAAGCAAAUGGUCACAGUACUGUAUCAGUCUUGAGGUUAUAGGAAGUGGAUUUCGCCUGUGUAAAUGUAUUUGUAUAUCUUAAGCUUAUAAAUUUUUACAUGUCACAGUGAGGGGCCUUUUUGAAAUGUAAGUUUAGCAAGCUGCUUGUGUUUCAAGCUCAGAGGUAGUUAAAACAGUCUCCCCUCCGCACCCCUCAGAGAGUGAAUGGGAGAAAUUAUCCAUGCAGAUGGUAUUAAGGUUGUAUCAGACAACUAUGUACCUGAGAGUGCCACAGGGAAGAUACAGCACAGAUUUGAAACUAACUUUGGAUGUAAGUUUUUUUUGGAAAACGUACAUACCUGGUUUAAAUUGCUCACAUUCUACUUGUCGUUUCCUUCUAUAUUGCCCAUCUGAGGAUCAGUGCACCUGUUACAAUCUUAAUGAUUAACCUUGUGUAAAUUGGAUGCUUGCAGCUCGAUACUGUAAUAACAUUGAAGAUUGGGAUAAGCUUCCUCCCAUUUGCAGUAAAGGCUGGAGAGUGCUAAGAAUGCUACUCUUUUGACUCUCAGUGUUUUUGCUCCCCUGCCAAUUAGUGAUAAGGAGAGAACCUACUCCACAUUUGCACACUCACCUGGACAAGAGGAAUUAUUUGCCGGAAGGGGUAUAGGAUAGCUGAGUAGGCACUUUCUUGUUUAGGUUGGUUCAGCUGAUCCUCCUUGCUCUUCCUCUCAAAACUGCUUACCAUAGAUAUAAAACACAACUUCAGUAAGCACAGUUUAAAACAUUAAAUUUCAAAUUUCAAAAACCCCCCAAGAUCAAUUACUAAAUAAGCUGACCAACACAUUAUUUAACCUAGUGCAGAAAUCACAUAAAAGUCCAAGAGCCCUCAAUAUUAAAACCCCAGACCUUCAAGCCAGCAGUUUAAAUGAACAUGUAAACGUGAAGUGAAUAGGAUGCAGGAAGCACCUAAUUUUCUUGGUCUCUUCUUGGUUGCCAUUGCAAUUCCCAUUAUUCUACAAAUGAAUAUUUGGUCUAAAUUUAAAGUGUUAAGUGUGCAGGUUUAUAAAACCUAUUGAGAGCUCACAGAGACUCAUAUGGAUUCUCUUAUCAUCCCUUUUAUAUUUGAUAUUGAGUGUUUCAGUUUAAUGCCUGAAAACAUUAGGUAUCUGGCAAACCUCAUUCCAAAAUAUGCCCCAUUACCAAAUAAGUAUAACCAAGAUUUAUGCUGUUAUCAUCAUCAUUUUAUUUGUAUGCUGCCUUUCCAUAGUUAAAGUUGCUCAAUGCAACUUACAGCAUGAAAAGAUUUACAUGACUACAAACAUAGCAAAGUUGGUUAUAAACAAUAAAUAUAAAACAUUAAAAAUUACACAACCAAAUUGAAACAAUUUCCACAUAAAUCAUAUAAAAUCUCUCUUUGUGUGUGAUAUAAACAGCAACAAAAACCCCACAACAACCCCCCUAAACAAUACCGCAGCCCAAGAGUCUGUUCAGCAGCCUCUGCUUUUGCAGCUGGAGUCAAUAAGGACCCAUCCUCCCAGGCCAGGUGGGAAAUGGCCAGCAAGGCAGGGAGCAGGUCUUCCAGGACUCACAGCCAAGAUGAUUCCUGUGUGUUCCUGUUUGUAAUAAAAAGCUACCAGCUGAGAUUUGGCAUCAUUUAAUGUGUUUUAAUACUGUUUUGAGACUUGAAAUUUGCAGUGUGUAAUGUCUGCAACUUUACACAAUGUAUUCCCUCCUUUAUGGGGUUAGGGUCUUCAGACUGCCUUGGGAAUUGGGUAGGAAUUAUUGUUAUACUGCCUUAAUUAUUUUGGUAUGUGCUGUAAUUUUUGCCAUAUCUAACUUUCCUAAAUUUAUAAGAAACUUAUUGAGUGUUAUAGGAGAGUACAGUUCCACACCCUACCACUUCUCUAUAGAGCAUUGAAUGAGAAAGACAGACCACCAGGAUUGUAGCUCUGGCCUGCUGCCACUUUUGAAUUUUCACUUAGAUAGCUUUACUAGGCAAAUGAAUGGAGAGAAACUGGAGACAGCUUGCAGCCAUGUCAUGUAGAAGACUUAGAGGAAAUUGCACAGAUUAUCUCACAGCUGUACAACCUUCACUACUUCCCAUCUCAUAUGUAUCAUGGGCAUCAGUGACACCUUUUCUCUGUAACAUAGAUAAAAGUUUGCUUAGUAUAGUACAGUAGGUCAUGGGCAUACAGUUUGGAGUUAAGCUAUAAAGUGGCCUUGGGAUAGUACCAUGGCAAUCUACUGCAAGAGCAUUUAGACCCAAACUCAUGCUAUCCUAAAUGUUAAAAAUGAGAUUGAAGCAAUAAAAUAUUCCAUAAAAGUGCCUUUCAAAAGAUUGCAUGCCUACAAUUAAUAUCCAGCUUUGAUAAUAUGAAGACUACUUUGCUUCUCUGUUCUCUUUCUUACAAAGAGUCUGACAAUCCAAGUAACCUGUAGAAUUUGUAUUUCCAAAAUGGGGUAUUUGCCUUUUUGUCCCUGUAGCUAUGGGGUCAUCUAGAAAACUUACCCAGCAUUGAGUGAGGCAGUUCUUUUUACGCCUGCAAAACUCCUCCUGCUAUCCCACCUUAUCCACUGCGGACUUUCAGGAAUGCAUCAUGUCUCUCUCUCACACACAGAGUUUUAUGAACAGGCUGAUAAAAAGUUAUGGAGAACUCAAAAGCCUGCUUAUGACUCUUAGACAUUUUGGUUGGUUCUGGUAAAAAUAGAACCAUACUGUAGAUUUUGGAUUUGUAGCAAAAACUCAGCCAUGAUUAAGUUUACCAUUAUGUGUGCUGUGCCACAACACAAAGUUAUUUACAACAUGAACGUGUGCAUGGAGGUUUUGGUAAUAUGCAGUAGAGAAUUGCUGGGAAUGUGCAGACCAUUAUCCAUAGAACACAAUGGAAAAUUCCCAUGCCACAUUUCAUGGCUUUGGCUUAUUUCUCAUGUCUUUAAGAGUGCCUUGUUCCUUUUAAUUGUGCUGCAAUAUAUACAUUAUGUACACAUACAUGCCUACAAUAUAGUCAUUUAAAUACAACACAGGUGGAGACAGCAGUGAAAACCUGUAAAUAAGAGAGGUUCACCAAUACUUCAUGGGGCAAAGGUUCCAUCCGGUACAGUUCUACCACCUUCUGGCUCUUUUAGACAAAAAUACUUGAAUAAAUCCAAUUGCGGAUCUCCCAUGUCAAGUCUACUUUGGCUCAUUAAACCGUAUGGGGCAGGAAAAUGUUUCUGAUUACUUCCCUCCCUCUCCUGUGGGCAUUCAUAAAUUAAAUGCUGGACACGUAUUAGAUAGCUUGUCUAGCAUCGGGAAUGGCAGUGUUGUAAUUUAAUAACACGUACACCAUAGAUAUGUGGAAGUAGUAUGGAAACAUCAUAAAUAAUAUACUAAGAAGAACUUUAGAUUCAGAAGGUGCUAUGGUUGUGCGUCAAAGAUGUCCAAACAUUGCAAGAUGGAUGUAUUCGUGAAUAGUCUUUUUUUAAAGCUUCAUACUAAGCCAAUACUUGAAAACUCCAAUUUUUUGUUGGAGCUUUAUUAACUUGGGAAUUUAAGAAAUAUAAUUUCUUGAACAUAUUUCCAUUUUUUGUGUGCAGGUAGCUAUCCAUUAUGUACUUUGUUUAAAUGAAUGUUUUGUAGUGUGAUGAAAAAAAUAAUAGUUUCUCUCAACCUGAGCACUGUGGCAUUCAGAUUUGUACUAUUGUUGCCCUUUAGUCAGUUCUCAUUAGAUUUUUAAGGGCCAAAGUAGUAUGUCUACCUCCUAAAUCAUUUCCCCUUGAAUAACUGCUUCAUUUCAUUAUCUCUGAUUAACAUGCUAAAUGCUCAUUUUAAAACAUCACAAGAAGGAUUGGUUUCUGUAUUAAUUAUCAUUGGCUCCAAUAAUACAUAAGCAGACUAAUGGUGCCUCAGAGAUUAUGUCUGACACUGUGUUCCUGUGCUCAUUAAACUCCUUUUCCUUUCUGCUUUAUGUAUGUACGUAUUCUACAAAUGUAUAAACUACUUCACAGCCUGAGGCCAUAAAAGCAGUGUACAACAAGAUAACAAGAUAAAAUACAAACUCUUAAAAACAAAAAGCCAUCCCUACAGAUGUACAAUUAAUAAUUCAUAAACGAAAUGUCAGACAACUGAAUUCAAUGUAUAAUGCAACUGCAACUGGUAUCUCUAGGCACCAGCCAUAUCCCACUGAGGUCAACCUUAGGAUAGUAUAGCAUCUAAGUAACUAGAAAAUAUGAAUUCUACAACCUGUACCAGUUGUAGAAACCAACAAAAUUUGCAUGAUUUAACUUAGUUAUGAUGUCAUUUUUUGCAUAAUUUUGCUUCUGUUAGUCAUGAGGAAGGGCAGAGUGCUCUAAAAUGGGUUGAAGCUUUGCUAUUUGACAACCAGAAAUUUUUUUCAGUAGCAACUCUGGCUUCUGAGAUUUUACCAGGCAUUACUGCUCACUUUCAAGUCUAAUUUACGAUUUGUCAGAAGGUUGAUUUUUUAAGAUGAAAACCAAGCCCACCAAAACCACAUUCUCUUACUUUUCUAUAGUUCCAAGGAACAGCAGCAUGCAGGUAUCCCUAACUAAAGCUAGUGAAGACCUUGAUUCAGAUGCUUUUGAAAAUUCACUGAAAUACAUGAGGUCCAUGCAAGCUGCUGUGCUUUUCACAAUACAGUGGUACCUCCAGUUGCGAACAGGAUCCAUUCCGGAGGUCUGACCGCAUCCUGAGGAAUUAGCAACCAGAGGACCACCUCUGCACAUGCGCUUGGCGCGUAGAGCACUUAUGCGCAUGCACACUUGGCGAACCCAGAAAAAUACUUCCGGGUUUGCCGCGUUCGCAUCCCGAAGUUUACGUACGCAGAGGGAUGCAUAAGCGGAGGUGUGACUGUAAUAAUUAGAGCGCAUUACUCCAGAGCUUGAGCAGAAGCUCUGAAACUCUAUUGACUGUGAAACAGAAGUCAUGUAGUUGUGCAAAGUAGCAGCAUAAUCUCAGAAAAUUAAGUUGCCAUUAUUUUGGUUAUUGCAGGUUUUUUCUUACGUGCAUUUGUGCUGUCUACUUUUACAGGCAUACAGGAGUUUCCAGAAAAUAUCAAAAACUGUAAAGUUUUGGCAAUUGUUGAGGCCAGCGUAAACCCCAUUUCAAAGUAAGUUAUUUUGUUGUUUAAAUUGCAGCAUGUCAGUUGAGCAGUGAGUAGUGAACACAAAGUGUGUUUUGAAAUGAGGCAUAUGAUCUUGUGUUUGCUAAUUCUUAUGUGUUUAAAUUUGUCUAGGCUUCCAGAUGGAUUUUCACAGUUGUUAAAUCUAACACAGCUAUAUCUGAAUGAUGCUUUUCUUGAGUUCUUACCAGCCAAUUUUGGCAGGUAAGUUUGAAAAUGGGUUUUUGAAAAUCAAUACCUUGUUUUUAAUUGUGUAGAACAUAGUGUGUUGCAUUGAUCAGAAGAAGGCAUGUUGUUGGUUAAGAGGCAAGAUGUAAAUUCCAAACCCUACCUUUCAAACAGAGUUAUGUAGUAAUACUUUCAGAAUGGAUAUGAUGAGCUAGAAUAAUUCAUUUAAAGUCCCACUGAAAGAUGGAAUUAGACAAAUACAUUAAUUUGCUGUAUGGACAUUACCGUAUUUUUCGCUCUAUAAGACGCACCUUUUCCCUCCUAAAAAGUAAGGGGAAAUGUGUGUGCAUCUUAUGGAGCAAAUGCAGGCUGUGCAGCUAUCCCAGAAGCCAGAACAGCAAGAGGUAUGGCGAAAGCAGCGAUCCCUCUUACUGUUCUGACUUUGCUUCGCUGGAGAGGCGCUGUGCAGAGAGGGAAAGCUGCGCAGCAUCCUUCAGCAAAGCGGGAGGAGAAACAGAGCCCCUACCAUUUCUCCUCCCGCUUUGCUGGAGUGGCGCUGCGCAGAGAAGGGAGAGAAUAUUUUUUUUCUUGUUCUCCUCCUCUAAAACUAGGUGCGUCUUAUAGAGCGAAAAAUAUGGUAUAUACAAAACCAAGCCCUAUUUGACACUAAUUAUGACUCAGCUGCAGCAUGGAGUUCAGUCUAGGUCAUCACAUUUAUAGAAGGAGAGCCAUAAAUUUUAGAAAACUGACAACACCCCAAAAAUAAAUAAAUCCAGAGACUGAUAAGAGACAUGUAACUUGAACAAAGUUUAAGAGAAAAUUAAGAUCAAAAUUCACUUGUAGGACAGAAAAUAAUAAUGUUUGGAAGUUUUACUAGAUAAAAUGUUUGGAAGUUUUGCCAGAUGUGAAGUGGUUGCAGAUUUAUAUUGCUUAGUGGAAGAAAUUUGCUUACAGUAUAAUUAAACAAUACCAAAAAUUGUUUGGGAUAAUUGGAAUCUCCUGCUUGUCUCUGCUAGAGACGAUUGUCAAAAGUAUUCCAAAAUAAGUAGUUAUUUUGUAUAGCCUUGAUUCGAAUGAUGCCUUCCUCUGCCCACGUUAGAUCUAAGAAUCACAAUUCUUUGAAGCAAGCAAAAUAUCUAGAUAUUAAAGAUGUGUUCAGCCUGUAUUUGAACCCAGUUUUUAUUUGCAAAUGAAAUUUGCCCAAUAUCUGAAUUAUUGUACUGGCUGUAUAAACAAGCUUUAUUUUAUUUCAGAUAUGCAUACUUUGCCUUUUAAAUGGUAAUCUUGAGUGUUUAUUUUACAGAUUAACUAAACUCCAGAUUUUGGAGCUCAGAGAAAACCAGUUAAAAAUGUUGCCAAAGUAAGUAUAUAGUGAUAUUUAUGUUUAUUUUGGUGUGAAUAAUAUGUCUGAAGAUGUAUUGAGAUUAUAAUACAGUGGUACCUCGGGUUACAGACGCUUCAGGUUACAGACUCUGCUAACACAGAAAUAGUACCUUGGGUUAAGAACUUUGCUUCAGGAUGAGAACAGAAAUCGCACGGGGGAUGCGGGGUUUUAAACUCCUGAGCCUCUUGGGCUUGCUGAUCAGAAGGUCGGCAGUUCAAAUCCCUGGUGUACUAUUUCUGUGCAAGUAGAUAAACAAGUACUGCUGCGGUGAGAAGUAAAACGGUGUUUCUGUGUGCUCUGCCACUCGUCAUGGUCCUCCAUGCGCCAGUAGCAGUCUAGUCAUGCUGGCCAGAUGACCUGGAAAGCUGUCUGUGGACAAAUGCCAGCUUCUUCUGCCUGAAAAGCAAGAUGAGCGCCGCACCCCAUAGUCGCCUUUGACUGGACUUAACUGUUCAGGGGUCCUUUAGCUUUACUUUACCUAUUACCUAUUACUUACUGCCUCUGUCUAUAAGAUGACAAUUGCAUAUAAACAACUUCUGUGUGUACUUCCUGCGGGUUGCUAAAUGUGUUACAAUUUCCUGUAGGGAGAUCAAUAAAGUGUACAGCUGUAAUUUUUGAAGUUCGUUGUGAAUGGUUUUUACUUCCAGUAAGACAGUUCCUGGGCUGAAUUGUCUGAGGAUCUCUAUGUAGGAAAAUAUAAUACUUGAGGAAGCCACUAAUCAGUUAGAGCUAAAAUCAGGCCAUGUGUAUGCAUAUCUACAUCACAUGAAACUGAAUGACGGAUUAAGAGUUGAAAGAAAAACAGCUAUUUUUGUAGUGAAACAGUAUGAUUCUAAAAAUAUUUAUGCAAAUUAUUUCUUCCCCUGUAAUAAUAAUGAUACAGCAACUUAAAUGUGUUUUUGUUUUGCUUUCAUAAUGGUAUGGCGCUUUCGCUCUCUCUCUUUUUUAAUUCUUUUUGUCACAGGCUUCCUCUUAAGGAAGACAUUCAGCACUGCUGUGCUUAACCCAACCAUCUCAGAAAAUUGACAAUUCCCUUGAUCCCUUCUCAGUAGCUAUUUUUGCUGACGAUUGCCAAUGGGCACAGUAGGAGAUGGCCGGCCAAGAUGCCCUGCUGGCAUUCCUUUCUCCCUCAUUUAUGCCUUAACAAUAGUGUUGGGCACUGACUGGGGAGAGAAGCCUUUGUGCUGAGAGGUGGGUGAUGCAUCGUGAGCAGCCUCCUCUUCAUCUGCCUGCCUCUUUUCCCCAUUUUGGGGGCUGCCUCUUCUUUUGGAGUUGGCAACAAAGAGGGAAGAAGUUGGAAAGUACUGCUGGUCCCCAAUAGGAAAUUGUGUGCCCACCCUUAGCUGAUAUGUAUGAUGAACUUUAUCAAAGGAUAUCUAGUACAUAAGGAAGGGUUCUGUGAAAUGGGCUAUGAAAACAAAAGAAGGGAGAUUCUAGCGCCAGACAAAUGAACCAGUAGAUGAAAUAUGAGUCUUAAUGCUCACACUUCAGCGGAGAGCUGGCUAGAAAGCAUUGCUCCAUUGAACUCUUAUCCUCUUGAUGCUCUCUUGUUCUAUUAGUUUCACUUGGCUAUAUUUAUGCGGCGAUUGAAAAAACAUAACCUAAGGGUACCUUUUAAAACAAAAUGUAGUCUUUGUAAAUAAAACGGCUAAAGAGGGAAUGCACACAAGAUAUAUACGUUUUGAGGAACAAAUGUGCUGACAUUAGAAAAAGCAAACUAACAUUUAAUUCCUUUGUUCUUUAAUAAGUUAACAUUUGUGUUUGGGUAGUUUUUUAACACGGGGUUAUAGCAUUCCUGCUUAGAAUCAUAGAAGUGUAGAAUUGGGAGGGAGCCCGAGGGUUGUCUAUUCCAACCCCCUGCAAUGCAGGAAUACCACCUAAAGUAUACACAACAGAUGGCCAUCCAACCUCUGUUUAAAAGCUUCAAAGGAAGGAGACUCCACCACUUCCUGAAGGCAGGGGUGGAUCUACUAUGAAAUAAACGAAGGUUAUGUUUCAGGGUCCCUAAUCCUGGGGUGGCCCCAGAAGCUAAUCCACCUUGCUUUAAAAAAAUUGGAUCUAGUUGACUCAAUUUGAAUUGCACAACUCUGAUUGAUUAAUUUUCUGCUGUACAGUGUUACCUUGGGUUACAUACGCUUCAGGUUACAGACUCGGCUAACCUAGAAAUAGGUUAAGAACUUUGCUUCAGGUUGAGAACAGAAAUCGUGUUCCAGCGGCACAGCGGCAGUGGGAGGCCCCAUUAGCUAAAGUGGUGCUUCAGGUUAACAACAGUUUCAGGUUAAGAACGGACCUCCAGAACGAAUUAAGUACUUAACCCGAGGUACCACUGUAUAUAUUUCAACAGUCCCAGUGUUUGAGAGUCAGUAGCACAGAUGGUUGCUGGUUGCAAAGGGGCCCCCAUAACAGUUGAAGCUUCAGGGUCCCAGAAAUGUAGGUCUGCCACUGCCUGAGGGAAACCAUUUGUGACGUUGAGUUUUGGUCAGUGUUUUUUUCUAGGAAAAUAGGUGCCGGUACUUACCAUGAAGUUGUUGUAGUAAGUGCCACACUUUUUUUAACAACAACAAAAAAGAGGUGCCAGUACUGCGUACCCUUGAGUAUCCCCUGGGGGGGGAGCACUGGUUUUGUAAUGAAAUGGAUAAUGAGGGAAAUGAAUGACCAUGUUCCGUGCAAAAUGUAGAAGCUUGUGUGCUUUAUUUAUUCUGUUUAUUUGACAAAAAAUUACAUAAAGCUGUUUACAAUAUGCUUCUAGCAGACUGCUGGGACUUUAGAAGAAAGAAGAAACCAGUCAAACUUGCUCCCCCCUCCCUUUCUGUCACUUGGACAGCAAAAGGAAAAGCAAAUCUAGGUCUAAGCCAUUGUCUUUGAGCUUGUUCUCAGCUUGUAUAGGACAUGCUGACUUGAAUGUAUCCAGUAUAAAUAAAAUGAAAGCGAUUGAAUUCUGCCCAUUUUAAAGUUAGCUUGCAGCUGACUUAGAAAAUGCAUUUUUUUGUAUUUUGAUCUUUAUGGCAUUCCUUAGUUUCCUGAUUGUGGAAUCUAGCUGCUGCUUCUGCAAAAAGCAGCAAAUUAUGCUGUGAAAUAAUUGGUUUACUAGUUAAUUAAAACAGCUUAAAUGUAACUGGCAUUUUUCUUAUAGUAGGGGACAAACUCUUGCUGAUGACUUUUUUGUGGGAUGCAUGUGUGUGACACAAGUAGUUCACUGUCACUUUCUAAUAGCAAUGGGCUUAAUUUGUUAGAGCACGGGCGUGUGAUCUAUUCAAUAGGCCCCUAGUAUAUUAGGAUUUUUAGAAAGCAUUUCACACUGUCCCAUGGGUGUAGCCAGGAUUUUUUUGGGGGGAGGGCAAGAGUUUAUUAGGUGGGGGCAGGACUUUUGUUGGGGAGGGCAGAACCGAUAUGAUUGGUCAGUUAGUUAAGUAUAUUAUUUUACUUGUUGGGGGGGGAGCUGCCCCCCCGGCUAUGCCCGUGCACAGCCCCUCACUGGAUGCUUGAAGUCAUAGAACAAGACGGUGACUUUUCUUAAUGCAACCUUACGCAUGUGAGUUCAAAAGUAAGCCUCAUUGAUUUUAGUGGCAUUUACUCUCAUGUGUGUAUAAGAUUGCAGCGUUAAUGGACUGGAAACUCUCUAAGUAAGAUGAAAGAGGUUAGGAUCACAUGUUUCCCCUUCACAAUGGAGAUGGGUAAACAGUGGGAUCUUUAUUAAUACACAGCAGCUUUAAAGACAAGUGGGCGUACAACGGCAUAAUUUAUCUUUGGCAUUUAUUGCCACAUAGUGAUGAUGUUGCAUGAUUUGAUAGAAUUGGGAAGAAGUCAUUGCUUUCUCAAUGAGCUAAGAGAGAAAUGUGUUUUUAAUUAAACUGGAUAACAUUGAACUACAGUUUUUGCUUUGCUUUUAGCUGUAGGAUUAUAUGACAUUUUAUAAAAAUCUGACCCUAUCAAGUAUGAGUGCUUUUAUAGAACUGCCUGGCUAUCUGAUGCUGAUUAAAAAGAUGCAUUAGUAAAAACACAAGAAGAUUGGAUGUAACUGGUAUUUUUCUUAAACCUAAUUCCUUAUUAAUCCUUUCUCUUUGCAGAACCAUGAACAGACUGACUCAGCUGGAGAGACUGGACUUGGGAAGUAAUGAAUUCACAGAAGUGGUGAGUUCUAGCUAAGUAACGCAGCUUUCCUAAAACCUCUUAUCUGUAAAUCUAUUUUUAAUCAUUGUCAAAUAGAAAAAUCAGCUUAAUGCUGUCUUACAGAGAAACUGUUGCCUGUAUCUUAAUUUUUUAAGGAAACUAUUUUUAAAGUUAACUGAUUCGUGUAGCUUUCAUUUCCUGUUAGUAUGGUAUAUCUGUGACAGAUGAAAGUAUUUUCAUAUGUAUUUAAACUACAAGCAAGCAUUAUUCUCAUUUGACCACAUAUUAGCUUCUAAGGUUAUACGUUAUAAUAAGUGCUUAUAAUUUAUGCAACUAUGAAAACAUUUUUUUCUAGUUGAUUCUGCAUGUGCCUAUGCAGUGAAAUUCAUUCUGAAAUUUAUAGCUGGCUUUUCACUCAAAUGUUAUGACUAUAACAUCUGACAAAAUACAGUAUAUAUUUAAAGCUUGUAGGAAAAACCUAAGUAGGGCAUCAGUGUGUAAUCGAAUGCUGUAUAAAAGAAAAUAAACCAUUCUGGAGAAAUACAAAGGGCAGCAUCCAGUUUUGAUCAAAUCAAUUUCCCCAUCCUCCCCUCCCAUCUGCAGCUGCCCCCUCCACCCCAAAAUCUCCCACAAAUCAACUUCCAACCAACCUGAUUCUGUUCCUAACAUUGAUCCUUCCUCUGGCAAAUGGACACAGUUAGAUUCACUCAGUGCAUUGUCAGUAAUAAAUGUAUAUCUAUAAUACAAUCUAAUUUUUUCAUCUAUCUUGUUUUUAACAGCCUGAAGUACUUGAACAAUUAAGUGGGUUAAAAGAAUUCUGGAUGGAUGGUAACAGACUAACUCUUAUUCCAGGGGUAUGUAUAUUUAUUCCUUUAAAGGUCUGUGCUUGUGUGUGUAUACUUAAAGGUCUCAUAAACAUUUCAUCUUAGGCCAUAGAGUGCACAUCAGAGAGAUUAAAAGCUGUACCUAUAUGUCCAUUAUUUCAAGCCUCUCCAUAAGCCUCAUAAAUUCAAGGUUGUUGCUUUUCCUGACCACCCUUGUUUGAAAUAAUACCAGAGGACGGGAAGCAUAUUCGUGUCAGCAAAACCUUGUUCUGCUUUGAUUUGACAACUUUGGCUAAACCAACCAUCCACACCCAAUAUGCCUUGUAUUUUACGUAUUUAGUGUAACUUAUGACAAUAGUGUGCUUAAAUGGCAUCCAUUAGAAUGUGUAGCUUCAUGUAUCAGUAUGCCUUCACUCUUGAUUACUUGGAAUAGUCUGAUGUUUUUCUGGUCACUUUUUUAUACUCAAGAAUGUAAAUGUUCAUAAAACAGUUGGUAGAAAUGUGAACCUGCUUCUUCAGUUGUUUAACAUUCUGAAAAAUGCGGGUGAAUAUUUUAUGUGUUCCACCCAAGAUAUGUAUGGUCGAAUAAAAAUUGUGAAACUGAAUAUGACAUUGUGACAAUCCUCUUUAGAGGCAUAACCUUCACUUUGUAUUAGUUUAGGCUCGUCUGCAUCAGUGGAACUUUACAGCAGCCUCUUAGAAUGAAAUAUCCACAGCUGGACGCUAUACUUAAGAUUUGGAUUUUGUACAAGCAGCUAUCAAAAUGUGCAUGCUAGCUGGUUACUAGGAUGCUGCUGUUACAGGCCUGAUAGAUCUUAGCAAAUAGCUAUUUAUUAUUAUCUGCAGAAUAGAAUAUAUUUUAACACAGAAUCUUUUUACUUUGCCCAUACUUUUAUAUUUUCAGUUUAUGGGCAGUUUGAAGCACUUGACCUACUUGGAUGUUUCCAAAAACAACAUUGAAACUCUUGAAGAGGGUGUUUCAGGAUGUGAAAGUUUACAAGACCUGCUGUUAUCUAGUAAUUCACUUCAGCAACUACCAGAGUCUAUUGGUUUGUAUUGUCCAAAGUUAACUAUUACUAUAUUUCAGAAACCAAAAUAACAUUUGUGACAUGCUGUAUGUAGGCCAAAAGUAAAAAUGAAAACAGCUUUUUCAUCUUGCACAAAUUGUGUUUGUAUAUCUAGGUCCAGUCAAGUAAGGUUCUUCCACUCAAAUUCAGGUGAUUCCUCCCUGUAGUCCUCUACAAAGCAGCCCAAACUAUUCAGGAGCCUUCUACCCCCUCCCCAGAGAGACAUUUUAGGGGCUGCAGAGAGCAGGGAAGUUAAAAGAAAGUUCAGUUGCAAUAGCUGCCUUACAUUCGUGCAAGCACUGGAUACAACCCCGUCAGCUAGUAUUUUUGCUGUGCAGUGUUGAUCUUCAGGACUAAAAUGAUGUUGCCAUACAGGCUUAAUAGCUGCUGUGCUAAAGUGUCCCAAUUUAGAGAAGUGGAAGAUUUCCCUAGAAAUUUGUAAUUGCUUUUCUUUGAAAGGCCUUGGUCUUCACAUUGCAGAAGGAAAUCAGGGGAGCCACUUGCCAGCCUUUUGGGGAGCCUGUUCCACAAGUAUGAAGUGCAGCAUGCGUUAGACAUUAGCCACUGAUACUCCUAGUCGUGGGAGAAAUAGCGUAUUUUUCCAUGUAUAAGACUAGGUUUUUCCCCUAAAAAAUAAUGUCCAGGAUUUGGGGGCAUCUUAUACAUGCGAGCCAUCUCCCCCCAUUUUCUUAAAUUGGAGUCCCCAAAAAUAGGGGGCUCCUUAUACAUAGGGGCAUCUUAUAGACAGAAAAAUACGGUAUAUUUCUUUUGUUUGUUUUUUUGCGACAUGGACUGGGGUGGGACAGGUAGAGUGAAACAUCAUUUUCAGACCUUUGUCCAUGUGUCCCCUCGUACAAAGCAGGAAUGUUUGUUUUCUAUGAACACUAUCUUAUUAUGAUAUAUGUUUUACAACAGGGUCCCUGAAGAAAUUAACAAUUCUUAAAAUUGAUGAGAAUCAGCUAAUGUAUCUGCCAGACUCUAUAGGAGGGUAGGUAUUUCUGAAUAAAUAAGGGCUUAUAUUCUAUGGUUUUGUUCCUUAAUUACUUCUUGUUUGGUUACAAUCCUCUUAUCUACUGCACAUCAAAUACAGUACCAUGUAGACAUUGCAUGGUUUUAUCAGUUGUUGGUUCAUACUCCAGCAGAUUUUUUUGGAAAGGCUACAGGUAGCUUGGAAUAAUGAGCUUUGGGCUAUAUUUUUAAAAGGAGUGAACUUCAGCCCUACAUUUAGGUCUUAUUGCUUGGCAUUUAUAUUACAACUGGAUAUUAAUUUUUAUUUUGUUCAUUUUAAAAUGGCGCUGUCAUGUAAAAGACUUUUUAAUUUAAUAAAUUUAAUUGAAUUUCAGUUUAACAUCAGUUGAAGAACUGGACUGUAGCUUCAAUGAGAUUGAAGCGUUGCCUUCAUCUAUUGGACAGCUCUCUAAUACAAGGACCUUUGCUGCAGAUCAUAACUUUUUAACACAGUUGCCACCAGAGGUAAGUUCUUAUUAAUGAAAAUCUAGUUUUUAAUAUAUUACAUAUGUUUAGAUUUGUAAGCAAGAGUAUAUCUGCAUGCUUUUAUUUCUGUACAUUUCAAGUUGAUUAAAAUUAGCUGAAAUCUUAGGAUGCAGGUUUGGUUGGCGGAAUAAAUUUCCGAAGUGUCAGUCAUAAUCAUGCAAUUAAAGAUAUUAAUAAGAUGUAGACUUAAAAGGAAGAGGCCACUCAUCUGCCAAUUUUGCUCUUAAAGCACAUUCUGUUCAGAGAUGAGAAAAAGCUUUGACCAGAGAGUGCAAGCUCUCAAUAUCUCCUCAGCUGUGAAGUGAUUCCAACUUCAAAACUGACAUAAUGGUGCAUGCAAAACAGAUGCAGCCAUCAGUCUUACCCCUUUACACAUGCUUCAGGUGGAUUUUCCUGCCUCCUUUUUAAUGUGCAUGCAUGAACUUUCAUGUGAUUGAGCUGUAUAUUCAAGAAAUGUAUCUCCCCUGCAUCUGUGGUUUUUUAUUCACUAUAUCCAUCAUUUUUAUUGUAUUCCGUAUGUGUUUAUGCCAAUAAACUCGUAAUUAUUAAAAAGAAAGAGGAAGAAAGGAAGAAAGAAAGGAAAGGAAAGGAAAGAAGAAAGAAAGAAAGAAAGAAAGAAAGAGGGAGGGAGAACCAUUUAUGCCACCUUGAGCUCCUUGAAAGAAAGAUGAAAAAUAAAUAGUUUUAAGGAUGAGGGUAGCUGAAUGUUCCUUGGUGACAUCAAGUGAAGCCCGCCUUAACUUGAAUAUGCAAAUGGAUGUCAGAACAGUUGUCAGAAGGCACAAGUUGUCAUGUUACUUUCUGACAAAAAGUUAUUGCACAGAAAAAAUUGCAUUAGGCAAUGUGCAUUGGACUAAAGAGAAGAAAGUUCCUAGACCAAAGAGUCAUGCAGUUUUCUGAAAUACAUUAUGUACAGGGGUCAUAAGUUAGAUCUGCACUAACCUGUGCCUCCAUUGUACAACUGAUGCUUAUUCUUCCGUUCAGCUAUACCAAGAAUGAAUAUGAUUGCUGUGUUUGCAUGCCAUUGAAAGGCGUUGGCGAUGACUAAUUUGCAUGGCAGCAUUCCAGUAUAGGAGAUAUAGUGUGUACUUUGUUCCUUCCUCUUACAUCCUGUUGCUUAUGCACCAAUAAAUGACACAAGCUUCCUGCAGCAAUAGACUUAACAUGGCUACCAUGCUGAAAAUCAAAUCCAUGGGCUCAUAGCAGCCUAAAAGAGUCAAGCAAAUUACAGCCUUUGAGGCAUAGCUGUCAACCUUCCCUUUUUUUUGCGGGAAAUUCCCUUAUUCCAGCACCAUUUCCUGCUGCUUCCCGCUGCUAUCCCGGAUUGUUAGAUAUCCCGUAGACUGUCCCUGGGACAGGUGAGGCUGCUGAUCCCUUAUUUUCGAGGCUGCUGAUCCCUUAUUUUCAAAUCUGAAAGUUGACAGCUAUUCUUUGAGGAUGGUUGCUGAAUGCCACGAGAAGAGUCAAACUGGCCUGCAUUCUAUAGGUCUGUGGUCUCCAAUGCAGUGACCACAAGAGCACUGAUGCCUGUGAAAGCCUCUGUACUCCCCUCACUUCUGCCUCCCUGGCCGGGAGUUAAACCCCCAGCCCUUUAUAAGUGAGAAGGGUGAAAUCUCUACCUGGAAAUUACAAGAAGUUGAGAGAGGAGGCAGGAGUUGUUUUGCCCCUUCCCACUGCCUCUUUCAACUCUAUAGUUUUCUAGACUGAGAUCAGUAUUGCAGAGGAAAUAAGAGUGUAUGGGAGGGAAGGUGUAUUGAAAGAUAAAGGAAAAAGGGAUGGGAGAGGAAGGCUGGACACGAGAAGAGAAUAAAAGAAGAUGAACUCUGUGUGUGUGUGUGUGUGUGCGCGCCUGCACACACAUGUGCACACACUUUCCUACUUUCUGUGGUUUGGUACACUUCUUUGUUUGUCCCUCCCCUUUGGAGUGGGAUAUGGAUCUGUUUUUGCUUUAGGUGUUCUCCGUUCUCCUUGGGAGGCUGGGUUUUUUCCAUCAUUUUCUCCUCCUCAGCGGUGGGGAAUGUCUUGUGUGUUUGGUUGUUUUUCCUCUCUCCUGCUCUCUGGGGUCUAGGGGUCUGAGUUUGUUCCCCCUGCCUCCCCAGUGCUCAAUAAACAGAUUGGAAGAACAGGUUUGUGGUGGUGCACGUUACAUAAUUUGAAAUGGGCCCAGAAAGGUUGGGAACCUCUUCUUAAGGUGGUGGGGAGGAGUACAUAUAACCUCAUUGUGAAAAAAUAUUGUGCUUUUGGUGCAAGUUUAAAGGCAACGAAUAAAUCGCUAUCUUAAUUUCCUCUAAUCCACCCUAACCUUUCUUGUCCCUUUAUAUCUAAAACAAUGUGGGUCCUAGUUAGUGGAAAUUUUUCUCUUUGAAAAUAUAUCCAAGCCAAGUGUUUCUUUUCCUAUUAAAAAAUAAUAGAUAAAUGCAUGACUAAAAACAUUCAGCAGCUAAUACUCUGGAUUGCUGAGUAAUCAAACUUCCUUAUUUAUUUUUCAGAUUGGAAACUGGAAACAUGUAACUGUUCUGUUCUUACAUUCUAAUAAGCUGGAGUUCCUCCCAGAGGAAAUGGGUGAUAUGCAGAAAUUAAAAGUCAUCAAUCUAAGUGACAAUAGGUUUGUUAAUUGCAUUCUUUUGUGUCAAUUAUGAAUAAUGAAGCGCCAAUCAAUGACCAUAGGUCAGUCACUGUUUCUUAGCCUAAGUGGCUUCCUUUCCCCCCAUGGCUUGUUGUGAAGAUAAAAUAAUGGGAUGGAAGUGCAUUUACCAAUUUGAGAUCCUUGGAGAGGGAUGAAAUAUAAAUGUAAUGAAUUGUGGUAUCAAAUUACCAUAAUUGUAUCAAAAUGCAUUUGUUGCCCUCGUGGCUCUUAAUUUGGUGGUUGCUUCCUUUGUGGAAAAGUGUGUAUACAAAGAUUCAGUUGUUCUGGCUGAGAAGCUUGGACAGGUCUGGGAAUUGAGGUGCUAGCAAGAGAGAGGAUAAGAAUUUAAGCAUAAUACGGUCCAUUGCCAGCCCAUAAACUGCAAUUGAUUGUGUAGGAUGGAGCCAAGAGGAGACUAAUGCUUAGUGUCUGAAGUUGACUGAGGUCACAGUUGUGUUGGCAAGAUGGGGGAAAGCUCAGAAAUUUGGAACACCCUACCCCUGGAUAAGACUAGUUAGUGAUUCUAGUAUGAGUUUUUAUAUUCCAUAACACUGCUGUGGCAGAGCAGCCUUCCUCAACUAGUACCUUCCAGAUGUUGUUGGACUACAACUCCCAUUAGCCCCAUCCAGUAUGGCCUAUGGGCAGGGAUUAUGGGAUUUGUAGAGCUAGAGGUCACCAGGUUUGGAAAGGCUUCCCUGUUAGUUAUGCUGGGAUUGUUAUCUGAUUAGAGAAAGCUACUGGUUAGAUAGUAGGGGUUAAUUCUUGGUUUCCUGUGGGUAUGAGGUUGAUGCUUGUUGCUUGUGGGGUGAGUGUGUGUGUGUGUGUGUGUGUGUGUGAGAGAGAGAGAGAGAGAGAGAGAGAGAGAGAGAGAGAAUCACACUGGACAAAAAGUUGCUAUUUGGAUAAUGUUGAAUGAAAAGCUUUUGACUUAAAGAAAUCUAAUGCUGCAAACAAGUCCAUCUGUUUUAAAACCAAAAGUAAAAACAUAUAACGUUUUUCAUAUUCAGGGGUGGGGAACCUUUGUCAUCCUGACAGUCCUAUUCUCUCAUGGGCAGUCUUCCAGAGGCUUCAUGCCAGAGAAAGAAAUUCGGUGAAGCGAUGGGUGUGACUCUUGCCUUUGCACAGCAGGCUACAUUCCAGCAAUGCAUAAGAUGGAAGCUUAUGCAGGCAGAUGCACACACAUCUUCCUGGGACUUUUUUCCUAGAAAAAUAGGACCCCUGGCAACUUCACUCACCAUGAAGUUGCCAGGGGUCACCAGCCUUUUUUUGAUUGAAGAGGUUGGGGGGCACCAGUCACAAAAUGGCUGCAUUGGAGGGGGUAUGGCAUAACACAAAAUGGCUGCCCUGGGGUGUGUGGCAUAAAACAAAAUUAGAGAGGCAGCCAUCCCUGACAAAGUUAUGUUUACCAUAGGAAGACAGCUAAAUGUUUGGAGAUAAAAGUAUGGAGUAUGGCGCUAAAAGGCGUGCACACACUCUGACUGAUGCUGGUGCUAUUGCUGUCUAAUAAACAACCGGGAGCAUUUCUCAAUACAAAAAUAUAUAUACAUAGUAGCCACACCGCUCUCAUUUUACAGAAAUCACUAGAAGGUACCUACACCUUUUGCCCCAUAACUUUCUUUCUUGGAUGGCUAGUACCUACUUCCAGGAACCACGUCACUCAUGGGCCCUGGACUGGUGAUUCUUUAUCUAUGGUAUCCUCAUUCUGGUCUGUUCUUAGAUAAAUAAUUUGUUUUUAUGCAUAAUCUUUGUAUCGCAUGUUUUCUUCACAGACUGAAGUAUUUGCCCUAUACCUUUACAAAGCUGCAGCAACUGACUGCCAUGUGGCUAUCAGAUAAUCAGGUAAGCAUUGCUUAUUUUUAGCAUGAUUAGAAGUUUUUUUUUUUAAUUUCUUGCAAUCCUAACAAAUUUUAAAGCUAGCCCCUCAGUGACAUACAUAAGUCCCUUUUGGACUCAAAUAUAUUUUUGGCUUCUGAAUUUGGUAUUUCUCACAAAGUGAUCACAUUGGACCUAAUGUUCCGAUGAGCCAAAAGAUCCUAAUGUCUUGAAGUGCAUGCACAUGCUGUUAAAGGAUUAUCAUUGACAUUCUGCAAAACGGUUAUACAUCAUGAAUAGGGUGUGUACAAAACUCUUUUAAAACAUCUACUCCUCUUUUUCUUGGGACUUGGUUAAUAAAAUUACUCAGCAUACUUAAUAUAUCAGCUAUGUUUUAAUAUUUCAUAUCAAAUAUAUAUUCUUGAUGAAAAUGAAACUAGGAUUUCGCUGCAUGCACGUGUAUAGAAUGUGUAUAUAUUCCUAAUGGCAUUCUUGUUUUGUUUGUAUUCUCAGUCUAAACCACUCAUUCCACUUCAAAAAGAAGUUGACCCAGAAACACAGAAAACAGUACUUACUAAUUAUAUGUUUCCACAGCAACCAAGAUCUGAAGAGGGUAGGAAUUUGAUUUUAUUUUUUCCUAUUUUUUAAAAAAAGUUUGAUGAUAAAGGGAGUAUCUAUUUAGAUUGGAUUACCGAUUUUACUAUUUCUGACUUUUAAAUUAUUGGGCCCUCACCUGUAUCACGGUCCUGAAGUCCCAGACCCCUCGGAGCUUAUUUGCUUAGGAAUCAUUUUCCUUUUUCUAUUCUUUAGUUAUGUUUAUAUCUGAUAACGAAAGUUUCAACCCUUCACUGUGGGAGGAGCAGAGGAAACAGCGUGCUCAGGUUGCUUUUGAAUGUGAUGAAGAUAAAGAUGAAAGAGAAGCACCACCCAGGGUAUGCAAUUGCUUUAUUCUGUCAUGAUUUCCUUCAUACGUUUCACACUUUCUGCCUUUAAUAGGAUCUCCUGCUGAGUUGGGUAACCUCCUAGCAACUCUCUCACAAUUUCUUUUGCACAACCUUCAGGCUUCAGUGAGAUUCUAGAGGAUCAUAGCUUUCAUUUAGAAUGCAUGUAGACAGUCUUUAACGUGAAGCUCUUUGAGGUUAGGCUGUGAAGGCACAUGAUGCAGCCAGCCACCGAUUUGGAGUGGGCCUGGCCCUGGUUAGUGCUUGGAUAACAAACUCUCUGGGAACCUCGUGCAUGUCAUGUUCAGUCUUGCCGCUUUUUGUUCUGUUUGUUUUGUCAUUUUAAUGAAGUGAAUUAUUAGUCUUUUUCUUUCUGGUGUUUGCAAGAUUUUGUUAGCCACUUUAAGCAUGUUUAUUAGAGGAGAAAAGCGGAGUAGAAAGGUAAUUUAAAAUAACAAAUAGUUUUAAAGAUAGGAUUAAAGCAUAAAUAAUGCAAAUAAAUGUAGUGGUCUAUAGGUGCAAGAUGUGUGAUCUGUAGCUUCAUGCAUGUUCAAGGUUUCUUUUACAGCUUCUGGUACUGGAGCAAUGCCUAGCUGAGACUGAUCCUAUGAAAAUAAUGAGUUCCCUAAAGAUAGAGUUGAGUAGAAAUGUGAGAAAUGUAAGGAGGACUGUACAUGUGCAUUCCCCAUUCACUUCAAUGCCAGCAGCAGCCCUAUGAUUAUAGUGGAAAGUUUCUUCUCUUCCACAGCUGAUGUCAGAAUUUGUAGAGUUGCUUUGCAACUGUGAUGUGACUUCUAAAAACUAUUUUUUCUUGCUUAGGAGGGUAAUUUGAAGAGGUAUCCAACACCUUACCCUGAUGAGCUGAAGAAUAUGGUCAAAACAGUUCAAACAAUAGUGCACAGACUGAAAGAUGAAGAAAACCCAGAUGAUGCUAGUAAAGAAUCAAAGCCAGAAAGUCAGCCAAUUUCAAUGAAAGAUACAGGUGUAAAGGUUAGUUUUAAAAUUCUAUUUUUUGUCUUAUUUUGAUCAUUUUAAUGAAAUACUAAAAUUUGAACUGUGGAAAUGUUUAGAUAAUCAUAAACAUUUACAAAAACAAAAAACUUACCUUUGGCAUUCCACAAAGUAAUUAACCAGCUCUGGUAGACUGUAAUUUUAACAUGGACUGAGAGUAAUUGAUUUGAGUGUAUUGGCCACUAUUUAGAAAAUAGCUUAAGUAAUUACUAUGUUCUCUGAUUCUCGUAAGUAGGCAUAUCUGCUUUCAGUACCUUUCUUUCUUCCCCCUUGUUGGUCUUUGCAGAGAAAAAUCAAAGGAUUCACAGAUGGAGUGAGGUCAAAAUUCCAUUUGAUUUAUAUCAAGAUUAUUACGAGAUAAAAGUGGCAAAAUAGUAGUUUGUCACUUGUAGAAAUGUGUUGAUUCCUGUCGUGAACUCAGUGAUCCCAAGUGGUACAGGGUGGGAGUUGUGCUCAGAUUAGUUGGAGGAGAAGGAGAGUACUGGGGACACUGCAAGCAGGAAUGGGCAGGACCCCUGCACACAUGAUCCUUUGUCUUUAGAGGCCAGAGAAGGGGAGACAGUCCCACUUGCUCUCUCUGCUGCCCCCUCCAUCAAUGGAAGAAAGAGCUUCCCUAGCAAUGGGGAAGAGCAUAGACGAGCCAGAAGGAGAGGCUGGGCAGCUGGACUGGGUAGCUCUGUUCUGUGGCUGAGAACUUGGUGCCACCUCUGCUGUUGGCAGCAGACCCACACCCCCAUUAGGCGAAGCACAAAACUCCAAGUGCACCAGUCUCACAAGUGAGCAUGCUAUGUAUCACCUUUAAAAGCUGAUGGGGGGGCGGGUUGUGCCCAUUUGUUGCAGAGUUCAUCCAGUCUCAGACCCUGAUAGCAUUCUUGAACUCUUAGUCACCUUUGGUGAUCUUUACUUCUUACUCCAUCUGAAUCUUUACAAUCCUUGAAUAAAACUUCCUUUCUUACAUACACAUAAGCCUCUGUUGUUGUGUUUGGGACAGUUCACCCAAGCCCUUUUUGACCCUUAGUUUGGACAGCGAUAAUGGCUGGGCUAUUGGUAUUCAUCCUUUGUGGGUGGGGUGGACAUUUUCUUCUGUUUUAGAUGGUACUUUCUCUGGACAAACACUUAGCUUUGUAUUUGUUACAGAAUUUCUUACAUAUUUUGUUAUCGUGAAUUGCUUCUGGAUGUGUGAAGCAAUAUAUAAGUAUAAAUAAUUUACUGCACUAAACUGCUUAAUUAUUAUUACUGCUCAUUGUGACCAUUUUACUGAUUUUCUUGAUGAGUAUUGUUAAUGGAUAUUCUGUUAUUGUGUGAACUGCUUUGAUGUUUCUUUAUGCAAAUGAAAAGCAGUAUAGAUUUUUUUUAAAUAAAUGAAAGUAAUAAGUAUAUGAGCUUUGAUUUCCAGAAUAGAAUGUUUGUUAAUGUCUUUAACUCUAUCAUAGACUGCAGAAAUUACUCCAGCAAAGAGCAAAAUGGAAAACAAAGAGCAGAAUGUGAUAGGAAACUGUGUGCAAAAACCUAAUGUAGCAGAAGUUGAGAAUAGCACCGGAAACUUGCAGAUGAAUACUCAAGUUGAAACCUCUGAGAACAAAAUACCAAUUGCUAAUCAUGAGGAUACUCUUGAGGUAGUUUAAUUGUUUCCCUUGCAUGUUCUCUGCCAACUAAGCAACACCCAAAGCUGAGCAAAACAUGAUGAGGAGAAUAUAAAUUGCAAAAUAUUUUUCAUUUACCCCUAAAAAAUAAAUCAAACUCACAAGAACACUUAAGUUACAGUCUAGUACAUGAUGACCUGGGAUUACUUCUGAGUAGAUGUGUGCAGAAGUGUUUUGCUAAAAUCCUGUUACAGUUGCCAGCAGCAAAUUACUUUUUGAAUAGGCAGCAUUUAAUCAGAACACAAUAGAUAAAUGAAUAACUAAUUACAUUAAAUGAUUCUGAAAUUGCCUUUUCAUUAUUUCUGUUCAAAUGAAGUGUGCAUAUUUUUCACAUUUUUUUAUUUGAGAAUAUGCACCGGAGUUACUUUUUUGAGAUCCCAACAAAUGUGGUGCUGUGGUAGAAUGUCAGACUAGGACUGGGGAAAACACCCAUUUGUGAGGUUUACCGGGUCAGCCACUCUCAGCCUAAUCUAUUGUUCUGAGGAUAAAGGGCGUGGGAGAAGGGAGAGGACCUUGCAUUCUGCAAGGCAGGAUAUAAAUAUAAUCAGUAAACAAAACAGUACUGUUUUGCUCUGCUUUAUUAUUUGAGUUGCUACUACGUCUGAUAGUUAUGAUUUUACUUUGUUACACGUUGUGUUUGAUUUUGUAAUUUUGUGAGAUUUUAUAUUUGUUAUACAGCUUGUCAAUCACUCAUAAGUGUAAGUGGGUGGCAUAUAAAUAUAUACCAUAUGUUUAUAGGCUAGUAGUAGCUCCUGAGCACAAAAUUCCGUUCAAAGCCCAGUUUGAUGCUUUGGAAAACAGCCCACCUUGGCUGCUUCAAAGGCUGUCAGAUUCAUUUUGAGAUCUAAGAUGUGGGUUUGUUUUGGAAAACAACGUGUUUUUGACUCCCCUUCUCCAUUCACUCUUGUCAAUUUUUAUUUAAAGCUAUAACUCCCCCCACCCCAGAAAUAGGCACAGCAAAUUUCCCCUCCAGAUUGGAUUAAGCCUGCCAAAUAGGUCUGGGGACUUUUCUUAAAAUUUAGUUAUCCUGUUUCAAGGCCUUGGAAAUGCACAAACUCUCCUUCUGUGUGCCCCACUCAAUUUCCCACCCAGGUCUUUCAAAGCUUACAUAUUAUCAGUAUUUCAAAUGAAGCAUAUAACUAUUGUUAUUAUUAUUAUUAUUAUUAUUAUUAUUAUUAUUAUUAUUAUUAUUUAGUAGUAGUAGUAGUAGUAGUAGUAGUAGUUUAAGUGUUUCCUUUGUGCUUUCUUCUUGGUGCCUGGGUCUUGCUCCAGAGUGAGUGGUGGGUAUAUUGCUGUCUUCUGAAGCCCAACCUCUGACUGCAGCUGCACAAUGAGCUGCUCCUCUCAGGAGCAAUCUUAAUGCAAUAUGAAGAGUUACAGUAACAAUAAAAAAAAUAAAAUAAAUGGAGAUACCAGCGGAAAUGAACAAUGCAUGCAGAAAUGCUUAGGUUUGUCUAAGGAGUUAUUUAUUUUGGCAAGCAUCUGAAAAUUUAUACCACACACCUCUCCUUUGGCAGGAGUCAGAAGAGUUGUCCUCUGAUGAAGAAAUGAAAAUAGCAGAAAUGAGACCCCCUCUCAUAGAAACCUCUAUUAACCAACCAAAGGUGGUAACACUUGGCAAUAGCAAAAAAGGUGAGCUUAAACAAUCUUUCAGUUGUUAAAGUUUAUAAAACUAAGCUAAAUUAAAGCUGUAUGAAAGUAACUGGAAGCAUCUUUUAGAAAGUUAAUCCUUAAACUAGCACAUGUGCGCUUAGGUUAAUGGAGCAUAUUUUCACAUGCCUUAUUGCUUGGAGCAUGAUUACAUAAGUAAUUAUGAUCAUAGUACACGUCUUACUCGACUAUAUUUCCUCUGCUUAAAUAUAAUGGAUGUUGCUGUGCUUGAAUAACAGGCAUAGAAAUAUGUAUCUUGCUCAUGAUAAUGUCCAGUACAUUUGUGAAAAAUUUAUGUAGUGGGGGGGGGGAUUGUUUAAUGAAGAGCUGACAGUAAUUUCAUAGAAUUUUUUUAAUUGCUUCUAGGUUAUUGUAUUUUAGUGUGUUGUUGGAAGCCACCCAGAGUGGCUGGGAAAACCCAGCCAGAUAGGCGGGGUAUAAAAUUAUUAUUAUUAUUAUUAUUAUUAUUAUUAACCGAAAUGCAUGUAACUUGACCAUCUGAAGCAUAUCACGCAGAAGCUGUGAAAUAUAUGUAUACUUCACUUCAUUAUGCAACCAGGAAUGUAAGGGUACAUGUAACAUAAUUUGACUAUGUUUGAGGAGUUGGGUUGGGCAGCGUUAACAAAUUUCAGUAGUGGGCAAAAUGUUGUUGCUUUUAGCCUAUACUAAGUUGAAAUGAAAUUGUUUAGAUCUGAAAUUCUGUUUCACAACAGUUUGCUAGUUAGAUUGGGGUCCCUUCCAACUCUGCAAUUCUAUGAUUGUAUAUAUUCAGUAGGUUUCCUGUGAAAAUUAAAUGAAACUGAAUGGACCAUAAGGUAAUUAUAUACCUAGACUAAGCUAACUUAAACUCUUUUUAGAUGACAGCAAAGAUGUAGAUUCAUUGUCGGAUGACCCCACACACAACAGUAAUCAGAAUAACAGCAAUUGUUCAUCUCCUUCUCGAAUGUCCGACUCGGUUUCUCUAAAUACCGACAGUAGUCGUGAAGCAUCUCUGUGCUCUCCAGACAAGGAAACUAACAUGGCUAUCACUUCCAAAAUCAGGUGUGAAAAAUACCACAUAGCAUGGUUGUUUGGAAUAUUGAUUUGAAAAGUCAUUUUCAUGUUUCUAUGCUAGUUUUUUUUAAUAACUUCAUAAAUUGUUUAAAACCAUUUUAGAAAUUAAACGGUGGAUUUGUUGUUUUCCUAUACAAGUUAUAGAUGACCACCCAUAUUAUAUUUCUAAAUCUGCUUAUUUUGGUUUGCUGUCCCUCUGCUGAGUUUUGGUUUGUUGUACUGACAUGGGACUUGUACACUAGAGAAACCCAAUAUGUCCAAAUCAAAGCAAGCUGAGUAAGGAAAUGUGCAGUUUAUAGGGAAUUGGCAGAAGCUGGAAGAAAUUGCCACUACCCUCCAUGAACUAUAUCACCUGCCUCUUCAACAUUAAGUUCUCUUGUGUUUCCCCCAUUGCAUCAGCAUAGUUGACAUGAGAUACUACUUGUCCGGCAGUACCAGAAUAGUACUUGGUCAGGUGCCUUAUCCCGGCACUGUCUAUCUGGCCAUGUAACAAAUGUGUUUGGACACACUUUAGCAUUUCUCCUUUCACACUUGACAUCUUGUUUUUGUAUCUUAGCCUCUAAAAAUGUUAAAUACAUAGCAGAUGCUCUACAGUCACUGAAGUAAUUUCAGUGAACAAUAACUUAGUUUUUUGUAUUGCUACCAAACAUUUUGUUUGUCACUAAAGAUUGUGUUUAUGUUUUAAUAAUGCCUAAUAUGCUACAAUUUUAUCUCGGCAAGGAGAUGCUUAGUACAUUGCAUCUUAUAAAACUACUUUAUUAGUGCACAACAAGUAAUUGAUAUACCAAUAUAAUAACAAUGCUGUUGUCAUAUCUAUCAGUUUGUUAAACUAUUAUUUUUUUUGCUUUCAGGCAAGAAGAUGAAAAUUCCAAUAGUCUUUUACAAAAUGGAGGUGAAUUAAAUGUCAUAGCAGAUGAAAAACUAGAUGCUGAAGAUCAAGUUACAAAUUUCACUGAAUUCAGAUUAAACAUUGAGGAGAGAUUAGCUCUGAUAGAAAGAGGUGUUGAGCUAAACAAUGCUACUGAUGAGUGUCACAAAUUUCACCAAAUUAACAUGAAUAUCUGCAAGUUGACUGACGAGGAAGCAAUCCAAUCAAAUGUAGUAGAACGAAUAAAAUCACAAGAAAUAUCAUCAGUUAAGGGCUUUUUAAACAAUAAUAUAAAAGAAGAAAUUGAGCAUUUGGAAAAUGGAAAUAAAUAUUCUAACCUGGGUCCUAUAAAUAAUGUCAAUGGACAUUCUGAGGAAGGGCUUCAUUGUGCAGGAAAACCAGAGCUAAAGAGAAGUGCUACAAUUGAUACUGAUUCUUCUUUGGAAAUGUGUCUUUCAAAAAGCACUGAAGACUUGUCCCCCCAGCGGAGUGGACCAGUUGUGAAAUCUCACAGCAUAACUAACAUGGACACAGGUGCUCUGAAAAUUUACGAUAUCAUCAAUGACAAUGGAUCCCAGCAGCCAAAUCCUGUAGUAAAACCAGCAGUUACUGGUCCUGAUGGAAAAAACAUAGUCCGGAGUAAAUCAGCUACUCUCCUCUAUGACCAGCCAUUACAAGUAUUUCCUGCAUGUUCGUCAUCGUCUGAUUUAAUGUGUACAAAAACAGUGUUCAAAUUUGAUUCGAAUCAUAAUCCUGAAGGUACUAAUGUAAUAAGAGGGCAAGGGACAAAUACUUCGCAACAAUUCAGUACCCCUCAAUAUAAUAUCCAGUACAGUAGCAGCAUGGCAGCCAAAGAAUCCUUGUGGCCCCCGAAACAAAACUCCCUAGUUGAACAAAGCUGUCUGCCUUCUCAACGCUUGCCAAGGUCAGAUACCACAGAUGGCUGUAAUUCUGUGAAACAUUCUGCCAACAUGAAUUUCUCUAACCAUAACAAUGUUAGAGCUACUGCUGCGUAUAAUACGCAUCAAAGGAUGGGUGGCCGGCAUAUGGAAAUGUGGGCCGUUCCACCAAAUGACAGACUUGUUUCUGGAGCAAGCCGAAAUACUCUCCAGCGGCAGAGCAGUGUCUCUUCCACUGCUUCCAUGAACAUUGGUGAUUCUGGGCCUCCUCGGCGCCCUCAGGUUCCUGAAGGAGAUUAUUUAACAUACAGGGAUUUGCACUCAAUGGGAAGAGUUCCACCAAUAAUGUCAGGGCCGCAAAGACCUCUUUCUGCAAGAACCUACAGUGUGGAUGGGCCCAACGUACCUCGGCCUCAGAGUGCUCGCCCUUCAGCAAACGAAAUACCAGAGAGAACUAUGUCAGUUAGUGACUUCAAUUACUCAAGGACUAGUCCUUCUAAAAGAACAAACCCAAGAGUUAACUCUGAACACUCUCUGCUAGAUCCUCCAGGAAAAAGUAAAGUUCCCCAUGACUGGAGGGAACAGGUGCUGCGACACAUUGAGGCCAAAAAAUUAGAAAAGGUAAAUAACUUUACUACUUCUUCUUCUGAGUCAACCUAUAAAAGUCCAGUUUUGGAAGUGAUGCAUGUUCUCCAGCUGUGAUAGUGUGCUUUGAAAUUUUAAGUAAUCUAUUUAUAAAUUUAAAACCAUGUUCAAAACAUGAUAGAAGCUAAUUUAAGCAUGCAUCCUGUUGCACAAACAACUGUGACUAUCUGACAUCCUGCCUACAUGCUUUGUUGAAAAUAGUAAGUCGCUAAAGAAUAUCUGAGGUUUUUUGCCAUAAUGUCUAGUGAAAUCUAAGUGGGAAAGUGAUGUGUUUCAGCACGCUGGAAGCUCAGAUAGGAAAACCUGAUUCAUAUAUUAUCAGAGGCGCAUGGUUGCUGCUUUGCCAUGACUGAAUCUCGUACAAUGACAUUUGAAUAACACCAUGUUUCUCAAAUAGUGGAUCAGAACCCACCAGUGUGCCUUGGGCCACCUUCAGGAAGGCCUCAUUGCCAUGCCCAGUACCUCUUCUGUUCCCUCUAUUGCCACUUAUGCCAUAGCCUUUUGGUUGGACCAGCAGACUGGAAGACAGUUUGGGGAAUGAGGAGAGGAAAGGAAAUCUUCCUCCUCUGAGGGAAAAAGGGCAGAGGAGGAAUUUGCAAAAGGUUAAUGUAUAACCAUAAAUAAAUAUAAAAACAAAUUGGGAAUAGAAAAGCAGGGAAGAAAAGAAAGCUAUUUCCAAGAGAAAGAGGUAAAAGUAAAAGGACAUGGGAAGAGGAAUGAAAGGAAGGGGGCUUGGGGCGGGGGGGAGAAGAAAUUACCAGGGAUGUAAUUACAGGAGAUCACACAUUAUUUUCUCGUUGAGUUUUACAAUGCAGUAUCAGACGUAAUAUUGGAACAGACCCAUAGAUUGCAUUGGUGCUACCUUCAGCUAGGGUCAGUGUUCUGCUGCAGUACCGACAUGUUACUGUAAAACUGGUAACAAAGGACUGCAUUGUUUAGAUAUUUGUUCCCGCUGUCAGAAGCAGCUCCUUCGCUUUAAAUGCAGAUUUUCUAAUCUGUUACAAUCCAUAUUUGAUAUAAAAACCCAAACAUUUUAUCAAUUGCAUUUCAUGUUCAGUUAAAUAUAGCUCCUCGGUUGGUGGUGGCUUAAAUCCAUCCUCCCAUAUAUUUUAAGCUUCUUGGGGCCAUCUGGUGGCUACUGUUGGAGACAGAAAGUUGGACUGAUUCACCAAGACAGCAUUGUAAAUCCACAAAAGUCACUAGUCUGCACACAAGCACAAAAAACCCUAGUUUGGUGGGAGCUGGCAGAGGAGGGACAGGGUCCUCUGUCCCUUCUACAGUAGCCUACUGUAUUUCUAUGUAGAGUAUGAAGGAAGUGACUUCUAUCCUCUGGCAGCCUGCUUGGCUGCUAUGCUGGGCACAGAGAAGGGAUGGAGCACUCAGCACCUUGUCUGCCAACAUAGGAGCCAACUCCUAGGGGCUGAGGGGGCUUUGCCACCCCAUAAAAUAUUUGAGGAGGCUGCUCCCCCCCAGGUUUAUGGGCAUUGUAUUCAAAUGGUGUGGGUGCACUGUGUCAUGUGAUCAAUUAUGUGGGGUGGGGCUUGCCUUGCACCCCCCAUAUUUUAUUCAAGUUAGCACCACUGUCUGCCAACCAGUUGACUUGCCUGUGUGCAAAGCCUUGUUGCUUGUGGCUGUCAGGUGAGUGCUUAAAUAAAAGACUGAUGUAAAACUUAGGACUUGGAUUCAUACUGAUCAUAUGUUCCACAUAGCUUUAAAUGCUUGUUUUUGAAUUUCGGUGAUCAGAAUGAGAAGUCUCUGAAUCUUGGAACUAUAGUAAAUAGUUGCAGGGUAGAGUAUGAAUGAAAUGGCUGUUUCCUGAAAGAGAAUUCCAAAGUACUUCAUCAUAGGCUGCUGUAGAUAUAAAACUAACUUUAGUGUUGUGGAAAUGGGGCCUGGGUUCGUGGGCGCUCCCCUGGCUCCCUUCAGUGUGGCUGUAAGGGGGAAAACAGAAGCAUUUACUUCCAUAUUCAACUAACUGUCCUAACCAGGACAAACUGUGACUGGUUUUAACUACGGUUUAUCUGAACAAGCCAAGAUUGUAAACCACAGUUUAAAGCUGGCCACAGUUAGUUCUGGCUUGGAAAUAAAAACAAACUGAUUGGAAGCAUUUGCUUUUAACUAAUCUCACCACUGCACUGGUAGAAGAGAAGGGAAUUUGGAGAGCCCAAGCUAAGGCCCACUCAGGCUCUUUUCCAUAGCACUUCAGCAUGGUUUGGCAUUUUUAUGAAUGAUGUAGAUCCCACCUGCAGUUUCAUUUAAUUAUUCUGAUGUAGUUGUCUCUGAAGGGUUACACUGUUUGGGUACAUGCCAUACUGUUAGCCACUGAACCUACAUGGUUCAGUUUGAUUUUAAGGAAACAUGACAAACACUCUGAAAAUGUAAGUGGCAAUCAUACUGCAAAUAAUAUGUGGUUUCUUAGAUAGCAUGAUUUAAAGCACAUCAACCAGCCAUUAGUCCUAGAAUUCUGAAAUUGGUCUCAUUCCUAAAAUAAUAUGCAUUGCUUAGCUUUAGUGUUUGUUUCGGCAACACCCAUGUUCUCAUUUGUAAUGGUACUCUUUAAAUUUAGGGUUGAUCCACACUUUUGCUUGAUCUAUAUUUUGAUUGUAUUGUGUAUUAAUUCCCCCAGGUCCGAGAGCUUUUCUCAUUAUUCUUGCCAAAAUCUGAUCUUACCCACUGAAUUGGAUCUUAUCAGAUGCACUGAAAAUUCAAAGAGAGAUUUUGCUUAACCAAGCUUCAGUUCAGUGGGUAAGAUCAGAUUUUCGCAAGGCACAGCUGUGGAACAAUGAGGAAAGCUCUCAGACAUGUGGGAAGUAAUGAGCCUUAAGUUACCUAAAAAGAAUACUUUAUGUAUAAAAGCACUAUGGGACUUACUUUUAGUUCGACCAGUUUUUCACCUUUCUAGUGUAUUCAUUGGCUUUCAUCAGCAGUUAUUUUAAUUGAGCCCCUGUUGAGAAGGAAUUCAGUAAAGGUCACAUUAGGGAUAAUAAAUUCUACAUGUGAAACCAGUAGAAAAAGCCAUUAAAAGAAUUCAGGCCAAAGUACUCAAAUUCAGCUCGCAGAUUAGUUUCCUAUACAAAAGUCUGAAUACAUUUUAAACCUAAGCUAAACCUAGGCUAAACAGCAAUGGGUGGUGUGUGUGUGUGUGUGUGUGUGUGUGUGUGUGUGUUUGUUUGUUCUGGUGCCCUUACCCCCUCAGAAAUAUGCCAUUCCUGAAUUUCAGCAUUCUUUUUAAAAGGGUGAAGUCUUGUAAUUCUUCUCCUUAAAACAAUAUAAUUGGAAAUGUGCAGGUAUGGUUCCACCCUAUUAAGCAAGAUAAGUAUUUUGUACAGCGGAAGAUUUCAUUUACACAUGUAGCAGAAUGUGAGGGUAGAAUGAAGGAAUGUAUCAAUUUAGUGUGCAGGGUAAAGGGACCCCUGACUGUUAGGUCUAGUCGUGGCCAACUCUGGGGUUGCGAUGCUCAUCUUGCUUUACUGGCCAAGGGAGCCGGUGUACAGCUUCCGGGUCAUGUGGCCAGCAUGACUAAGCUGCUUCUGUCAAACCAGAGCAGCGCACGGAAACGCCGUUUACCUUCCUGCUGGAGCAGUACCUAUUUAUCUACUUGCACUUUGAUGUGCUUUCGAACUGCUAGGUUGGCAGGAGCAGAGACCGAGCAAUGGGAGCUCACCCCGUCGCAGGGAUUCAAACUGCCGACCUUCUGAUCAGCAAGCCCUAGGCUCCGUUGUUUAACCCACAGCGCCACCCGUGUGCAAGUAGGGGAUGCCAUUUAUGUACCAAGCUUCCUGAAAAACAAAAAACAUCAGCACAUCAGGGAGAGCUGUCUUCCUGCUGUGCUUAUUUUCUGAUAGCAGAACAUAUUUGUUUGUUUGUUUGUUUUAAAAAAUGUAAGGGAUAAUUCUAAAAUGUAACUGAAAUGAUACUAUUCAUCCUAAAGCUUCAGAACUCUAUCAUCUCACCUCUUUCUGUUUCAUGAACAGACUAGGUCAAGGUUUCCCAAACUUGGGUCUCCAACUGCUUUUGGACUACAACUCACAUCAUCCCUCUCUAGCAGGACCAGUGGUCAGGGAUGAUGGGAAUUGUAGUCCAAAAACAGCUAAGGAUUAAUGCUGGGUUUAGACCCCGUCUAACAUGGUCUCAGCUAUGAGGGAGUCACUGCACAUCUCCUUUCCGCUAUGCUCUGGAAUGUCAGAAGUCUCAGAUCAUCACAUAGCAAGAGGCCACAGUGGAUUGGGAAGUAGCCUUCUUUUGUACAAGCCUGCAUGGUAAUUAAGAUCAGCUACAAACUACAAAGUUUUUCAAUUGUUUUGCAGCUUUUUUGUAAUGAAACCCCCACAUUUUGCAGCACCCUCAAAAGUUGGUUGCCGUCUUACUUUUUUUAUUGAGAUUUUUAUAACAAAUAAAACAUUUCUGGUUUUUUUUAACAAUUCCAGUAGCAGAACUGUAAGGCAACAUAAAAUGUAGAUUCUGGUUCAGAACAUGUUUAAUACACACGAGAGUAUCCAUACAAAUUGAUGAGAGGCCUGUGGUCUUCACAAUGUGUAGUCUUUAACCCUUGCUCUGCCUACUUUCCUGGGAGCUCCUAAAGAAGCUGGUAAUAGACCCUUUACAUUGGAAUGGGUAUCAAUAAAAAGUACUUUAAAAACAACAACUCUGUAUUUGAAACUAUUAACUUGCAAGUUCUGCUUCCCAAAGAGACAGAUAUAUGUCAUGAUAAGUUAUCUUGAAAUCCUAUGUUUGACUACUCAGAAGGCAAUCCUGGUGGGCUCUUUGGGUGCACCAGUCUCAUGCAUGCAUUGAAAAACAAAAGGUGAAGAAGAGUAACUCUAGUAUGGCCCCCACACUAAGACAGUAACCCAUUUUGAGGGGCCCUUCAAAACUUGGGGUUUUCGCUGAAAACAGUUGUAAAACUUUGUUUUGGGGGAUGAUCCUGGUUUGAGUAUUAGUUAGUUUAUGGGGUGCGGUUUAGAGGGGAUUCCUGAUUUCAUGGUUCAAAGUUAAUGAAGCUGUAAAGAUCUUCAAUAGAAGCUUCAAUGACUCCUAAAAUACAUCUAGUUGAGGAUCGAUAAAAGGACCUUUUCAAUAGCUAGGCUCAGGCUUUGGACAACCUCCUUGAGGAAAGCCUGCCUAGCUAUCUUUCUAAUAACUUUUCACUGCAUGUUAAUGGCAUGCUGUUGGAGAAAGUUUAAAUUGUUUUAUUGAGUAACUUUUGAUUAAUGUGCUUAACGUUUGUUGCUUUUAAUUUUUGUAGUUUUUAUGGUCUUUUUCUUAUUUUAUUGUUUUAAUUGUUAGCUAGCUUGAACUCCUUUUGAGGAAAAGUAGAAUAAAAAUAUUUUAAAUAUCACUUCUCUCUGCUGGGGAGCUAUUGAAAUGGGACAUAUAUAAAUAAUAAAAUUAUUAUUAUUACAGUGCUCAGGAUUUUAGCCUGUGUUUAUCAUUAUUGGUUUCCUCAUAACAUCUAGUAAUAUUGCAAACAUUUAGGAACUGUGAGUGUUUGUGUUUGAACCUUGCUGAUUCAUUUGUCAAGUCAGCUAACUUUGCAAAACUACCGGAUUUGCUGCAUUUGUUGUUCCUGUGUCCUUUAUUGACUAUAUAUAUAUAUAUAUAUAUAUAUAUAUAUAUAUAUGAUGAUGAUUUAAACCAAUGUUGUCAUAAUCAGUAUCGGCACUGGAAAGUGCUAUCGCAUCUUAAGUAAAUGAAAAUGGUUUGAAAAUUCUAAACUUUGAAGAUAAAACUUAUUAGUCUUCUAAAUUCAAUUUAAGUCAUGUUAAAUUUCAGUAAUUCUAAUUUUGUGCUGGUUUUGAAAGACCAGAAAAGAGUGUUGUAAAAACUGCCCCCUAAAAUACCAGCUACUCCCCAUUUACCUGGGAGUUACAUUCUGAACCCCCGUCUGCAUAUGCAAAAUCGUGUAAAAUGGCGGGGGGGGGGUCACAAGUAUCAGUUCAGCUGGUGGGCAGGGGUGAAGCUUCCCUGCACCUCAGCUGGGUAACCUGCACUGUCCCUCCGGCUCACAUGGCUGCAUGGAUGGGCACAGCUGAUGAGCGGGGAAGAACCAGAGGGAUGGCUGGGCUUGGUUGCCCAGGUGCUUCCCAUUUCCAGAUACCUGACACUGUGUGUGUGUGUGUGUGUGUGUGUGCGCGCGCAAAUAAAAUGCAUGUAAGCAGGGAGUUGUCUGCAAUGCAGAAAUAUGUCGAGGCAACGGUGUUUCUGCUCAGAAUGAGCUUCCAGAAAAGUGUACUUCAUUCAUCCACUUUCCCUUCCUGCCCAUAGAUUAUGUUGAGGAUGUUUAAAACAUGACGGCUAAACAUCUGUUUUUCUUAGCGUUGUGCACAUUUUGAAUGGGCUUGUUUUUACGUAAUUUGUGUGUCUGUUACGUCAGACUGCUUGUUACGUUACAACAAGUAAGAUCACACGGCAUGUCACUGAGGUUUCUUCUAGUCACAAUGGGUGUUACCCUUGUGUGCAUGAUAUUUCUUUUUUGCAUGGUUAUGCAGUAUGUGUGUCCAUACUGACUUGGUGUAUAACGUGUCUCGUGGUUUAUGCAUGCUGCACUAAUCUCUGUUAUCUGUCCCCUCUUUAUUCAGAGCAUGCUGUCUAGGUCCUUUAAUUCCAAUUAUGCUCCAGUUAGCAGCUUUCACUAUGGCAGCUCUAGGGAUCUGCAUGGCAGCCAAGGCAAUGUUGCCUUGAGUGUUGCAGACGGAAGAAGUUCUGGUGUUCACAUUGUUCGUGUGAGUACAUACAUAAACAGGCUAUUGUUAGUAAGAAAUUGGAAGAGGCAUGUGAUAGUGCCUUUAAAACCGCACUUUUGUAAUUGUGUAAUUCUGGAUUGUGGCUGAUUCCACCCAUUACUGUAAUAUGAUGAUUCAAUAAUGGCAGUUAUUGAAGAAUUUUCCUUCAAUAUUUGUAAUUUUUUUUAAAUGCUUUCUGCUAAAGCAUCAGAGAAGAGCAGUUCUGAAAUGAGACUUAAUUUUUUAAAUAAUAAUUUGGCAUGUUCUGCCUACAAGCCAACUGAUAGCCAUAUAAAGAUACUGAAGAGAUUGACAGGUGACCUUAGGGAUUCUCCUUCUCAAGGAUGGAAAAACAGCUUCCUUCCUUGAGAUGUUUAGAUAAUUCAAUAGUUCUGAGCUUGUUUAUUAUCUUACAAGCAUAUCUGGUGUCAGUGUAACCUGAUGGUUACUGCUUUCAGCCUGUGGAAUUCUAUGAUAAUACAGUAUAAAUAAAUUGGAGUGAUUUUUAUGUAUUUCUGUUGGCUCACACUGAUGCUUUAGCUUCUCUAUUCACUACCUCCCCUGUUAUGUUUUCCCUUUUAUUUUAACUUGUGCAAUUUAAUCAGAGCCCCCUAUAAAAAGUGCUCUGUACGCUGUUGAAACUAUGUAAACAGUACUGCAGCUUUGUGUUAUAAAGGCAUAGGCAGCAGCCAGAAUCACAAUUCUAUACUGGGGUUCACAAGGAUUCACCAACUUCUCCUCAUAGAUAAUAGGGGAAGUUUAAUUUAGUAAUACUCCGUAGUUAGAUAUAAUUACUCAUUUCUAAGUAUGAGCCAUCUAUAGCCCCCCUCGUUUUUCUUGAUUAAAAGUUAACUUAAUAUGUCCAAGGAACUUACACAACUCCACAAGCCUUUUUGUCUCUUUGGAUUCUCUACUCAACAUCAUCAUCCAUUUUGUUUAUAGGACAUGAGGCCCGAACAUUAUCUUUAUUUCUUCUCAAUAUUCAAUCUGUUUCCAAAUCACAUUGUAUAACUUUGCAAAAAUAUGACCAUUCCUGUUUGCCCUCUUGGCAAAAAUUCCAGUUCAUAAUUGGGCCAUCUUUCACCUUGUGUACUGCAGCCUUCUCCUUUCUGGCCUUCUUUUGCAACAUCUUGGCACUCAGAAAUAAUUCACUCAUCAUAUUUAAUAUCAUAUCAUUUCCCUCUUUAGAUACCUGUACUGGCUUCCUGUCUGCUCCUGUAUCCAACAUAGCCUAGCCUGACCUUCCCUUCCCUUAUUUUUUCAUUAUCAUAUUGCAGUACAUGCUGUCUCCAGCUCCAGCAUCCUCAGCCAACUGAAUUCUUCCUGAUGCAUCACUCUGCACUUUCUCCUUGCUGUCCCACCUGCCUCCUGGGGUCUUCCUCCAUGUAACCUUUGGCUAAAUCUUGAUUCCUCAUUCCUUAUUGUAAUUUAGCAUGUAACUGAACAGAACCAUAUUCUUUUCCUGUUGCCUUUGCGUUAUUAAUCUUUCUUCCUUCUGUUGUUUCUCACUGAUUUACAUUUUAAGACCUUUGGAACAAGAAUGUAUCUUUUUAUUGGUCAGACUGUGAAGAGCUCUGCACGUUGAUAGUGCUCUAUUAAUACUAAAUAAUAAUAAUAUGAUGAUGAUGGUGAUGAUAUGUUUGAUACACAGCUCACAGUAGUUCCACUGAGCUGCUUUGGAACCCCAUACUUCUGUCAUAAAAAGAGAAUGGCUGUCCCAGUCCCACCUACCUUUCAAUUCCUGAGGGAAAAUAAGCAAUAGAAAUUAUAUUUAGAGGAAUUCGUGCAAACUAAAUUGUUAACAUAGUUCAGCAAGACAAGGUAUAGGAAGUGGCAAUGGUGAGGUUCAUGUUCCAAAAAGCGGAUGGGCAUCGGGUAAAUCUAGCAGAACAAAGUUAACAAAAGACUUUUGUGUUAUGUUUGUAAAUCCUUAAAUAGCAACUGUUUAAUGAAUAGUUUUAUUAUGCAGUUCAGAGUAAGUUCCAGUGUUGUUUCAAAAGCUGGAGUUAACAUUUAUGGUCCUCUCAAGGCUGAUUAAUAUGAUUAAAUUCUUGAAUGCACCAAAGUAAUAUGCUUAACAGUCAUAUGAACAAAAUUGGCAAUUCUUGUAUAAUGUGUUUACAAUACAGCAGUAAUGUUUGUAUGCUUUUAUCAUUUAAAGCAUCCCCAAACAUCAACCUCAGUAGAGCAAUGUCAGGAAGAUGUAUUCAUUGCUGGACAGCAGAACUAUUCAUCUGCCACACUUAGCCUCAAAGAUGUUGCUUCAGACAACAUGAAGAAAGUUCCUGUGCAGGUAAUAAGCUACAGGGAUCAUUCACAAUCUAUAAAAGUAUUGUUCUGACACGCAUAUCUGGUUCAGAUACAAUGCUAAACUAUGGAUUCGUUGCUCCCACCUCCCUGCUGUGUUAACAAGAAGAUCAAAAGCUUUCAUUUGUAGUUAAUUAAUAAUUAAUUAUGUCCAAAUGCAGAACUAUUAUAAUUGUUAACUAUGGUUUAGGGAAAUUAAUCACUGUUUGAAGCUGGCAUGUUUCCCUAAAUUAUAGUUAAGACAGACCACAAUUUGUCCAGGCUUGAGCAUAAUGAGUAAACUUCUUUGAGGUUUGUUUGUUUUUUUUACAACAAAGCGGUGCAUAAAUUUUAUGAAAUAAUUAAAUAAAUUGCAGUGCAGUUUAAUUAUUUAUUUAAAUAAUUAAAUAAAUAAAGUGUGCUUCACUUAAAAUGGAAGCAGAAACGUCCCUUCUCGGGUGGCACUUGGACACGGCCACGUGGGUUUCCAUCUUCCGUUUGCUUGAAGGAGGCAGAAAAUGCUAUCCUUUUACUAGAUGUGAGCUGCUCGCCUUCCUUGGAGGCUCAGUUCAUUUUCUGCCUUGCUUGAAGCUGGAUUCAAAUGCUGAUCCAUUCUGGCUUUAUUGGUUUCCAGUCUCCUGUUGUGGCUGCAUUGUAGGAGAACAGGGGAGUUGGGAGCUCACAAGCCCAUACCUUGUUAAUUGCAGCCGAACAAGGCCAUUGUUAUGGGCAAGAAAUGCAUAGUGAAGGAAAAAAAUCAGCAACUAUUUACUUACCUAAUUGUGUGUACUCAAGACAGGUUAUAACACAGAAAAUGUCAGCUGUUCUUUGCAUGUCUACUCAGAAACAAGUCACAUUGGACUCAGUGAGAUUUACUCCUGGAUAGCUGUGUAUAGAAUUGCAACUCCAGUGCCUUGUUGUAUCAUGUAGCUCAACUACAACACCCAUUUGGUUAUCCAAGCUUAACUGCCACAAAUUAGAGUGGGAAAAUAAAUGCAUUAUUCAUGCAUUCAUAUAAGCUAGUGGUUCUCAAACCUUUUUCUCUGCGCUACACUUUCAGAAUAAUUUUUUUCUUGUGCCACAGUGAAUUUUUUGAUAAAAAUACAUUUGAAAACAAAAACAACCAACUUCUAGCAAUGCUUAAUUUAUAACAUAGAACACAACUACUUUUAAUAUGAUCAUGGAACAUCCAGAAAGUAUAAAACAGUGCAGCAACUUAAGAACAUGAAUCAUUCACAAAAUAUAAUUAUAAAUGAGUCUUCUCCAGCUCUCUGUUCAAACAGUAGUUCUGGAUCACAACUACGUUGUCCUCAGUAUCACUUGAUGCUCUUGCUCUGAUUUUGAAAAGAUAUCUAUUCAUAUUCUGCAAAUAAAAAAGAAAUUUUUUAUACUAUACUAUAGUACACCGAAAUUUAUAUACUAUGCUAUAGUACACCAAAAUGUUUAAAUGUUUCUUUGAUUGUCCUUGGAUCUUACCAUCACAUUUGCUAUCUUCCCCUGCCGCAUCCUUUGAGAACCAUAAGCAAUAUACUAAAACUUCAAAAGCAAUUCAAAAAUCUAUGAGUACUUCCACCCAAAAAAAUUAUAUGUUCCCUAAUUGAUUAGUUUAGCCCAUUACCCAGUAGUCUAGUUUGUUCUAAACAAAAGUUGGGAAAAAAUCCAUUUCAUUCCCAUUUGUUUUGUGUAUAAUGCUAUUAGAUUUUUUAAAAAGAAGAAUACAACAGACAUGUUUGACAACAAAAUCUCUUGUAAGUGUUGCAAAAUCAUUAUCAGCUGAGCAUCAAGAUAAUAUAUAUGCAUAUUCUUGCGGAUGUAAAAUGUUGCUUAAGAAUUAUUCAUUUAUCCAGAUACCUUUGACGAAUGGGCAGAUGUGCCAGCCUCCAAGACCUCAGGCAAACUAUAGCCAAAUCCAUCAUCCUGCUUCCCAAACAACUGUGGCAAGACAUCCUUCUAGAGAGCAAUUAAUUGAUUAUCUAAUGCUUAAAGUUGCCCAUCAGCCACCCUAUAGUCAGUCCCAGGGUCCAUCAAGGCAAAGCCACGAGAUGUCAAAGCAAGAGGUAAGGGCAAAAGUUACGACUUAAUGAAUAAAUUCUCAGAUUGUUCUGCAUUGGGAACAUUUACUUGGUUGAGACCUUGCGAAUGUCCUUUACUGAUGACCUGUCACCUUAAUAAUAAUAAUAAUAAUAAUAAUAAUAAUUUUUAUUUAUAUCAUCGCCCUCCCCGGCCAGAGCCAGGCUCAGUGUGGCUAAAAACACAGUAAAAACAUAAUAGGGGAAAAAGAGAGGGGGGGCGGGGAGAAAAAAACCAAACCAAUUUAAAAUAUAGGUUAGAAUGCAAUUUAAAAUGCAGCCUCAUUUUAAAAUAGCUGAUAAAUCAAGACCAUAAGGGGAGGGAAACAUAAGGGUCAGACCGAGUCCAAACCAAAGGCCAGGCGGAACAGCUCUGUCUUGCAGGCCCUGAGGAAAAAUGUCAAGUCCCGCAGGGCGUUCCACCACAUCGGGGCCAGUGCUGAAAAGGCCCACUUAUUACCACUGUUAUUCAUGCUUCCAUAUAAUUUUUUUCAGGAAUAUGCCCAAUAUGCUUAGAGAAAUAUUUGUUUAUUUCUUUAGUAAGUAUUUCACUUUGAGUAACCCAUACAACUUACAAAACAAAUACAAAGAAUAUAAAACUUAAUAGAAAUACAACAAAAGAUUUUAAAGCAUUGGUGAACUUGAAAAUAUAGAAGUAAAGCAUAGUAUUAUGUGAUAUAAAAAAUGGAUUAUGUAAUGGUUGCAGUUUUUCCAUGAACUUGAACAUGCAGAACAAAUCAAUUUUCUGAUUUUCUUAGAUAAGAGUGAGAAUUGAAAAGGAUCCAGAGCUUGGAUUUAGUAUAUCAGGAGGAACUGGUGGUAGAGGAAAUCCCUUCAGGCCUGAUGAUGAUGUGAGUAUUAAAUAGAUCCAGUCUCUUGGGGUACGGUUAUUGUUUGGGAGGUCUUUAUUGAGGAGGAACUCAAUAUGUUUAACUCAAUAUGAGGAUGUUUUAAAGGUUUUAUGAUUAAUGUAUUUUUUUCUUUCAGACUUCCCAUGCUUCCUUUUGGGAAGAAGGAUGGACUAUAUUAACCAUAAAUAAAUAGUUGUAAACAGUUGCAUUUGUGUGUGUGUGCGUAUGCAGGUGGCACUGUGGUCUAAACCACAGAGCCUAGGGCUUGCUGACCAGAAGGUUGGCGGUUUGAAUCCCCACGAUGGGGUGAGCUCCCGUUGCUCGGUCCCAGCUCCUGCCAACCCAGCAGUUUGAAAGCACAUCAAAGUGCAAGUAGAUAAAUAGGUACCGCUCUGGCGGGAAGGUAAACGGUGUUUCUGUGCAUUGCUCUGGUUCGUCAGAAGCAGCUUAGUCAUGCUGGCCACAUGAGUCGAAAACUGUCUGCGGACAAAUGCCGGCUCCCUCGGCCAGUAAAGUGAGAUGAGCGCUGCAACCCCAGAGUCGUCCGUGACUGGACUUAACGGUCAGGGGUCCCUUUACACACACAUACAUGCACUUCACCCACCCCCAGCAUUAAUAAACAUUAUUUUUCACUCUUUUUCUUGCGCUGUUAUCUAACCAGCUACACAAUAGGAAGAGAGAGAUGGUGGAGGUGGAAGGACCUCAUAAGCCCAAUAUUGAGUUUAGCUCUGUGUGCGAAGAAUUGUUAAGAUGGAAUAUGUAAUAAUUACUACUUAAGAAAAAGAAAAACAGGCUGGAUAGGGUUAAACUUGAGGAAAGUAGGUAUUUGGAAAACACAAUUCCUGUUGUCGCAGGAAAUUAUAGAACUACCAUAAUGUUGAUGAAUUUUAGUUUCAUGGUAGUCUGGCUAAUUUAAUAAAGCAAACUUCAUAUCAUACGCCAAUAUGUAAUACAUUCCCUACAACACGAGGUUUUAGCUGUAAGCCUUAUCCAGAGAAUUCUUUUGAGUGAUGAGAUUGAAAGGCUUGCCAGCCUUCUCUUUUAAAACCUUACUUUCAAAAGUAAGAUUUACCAUACUUACGUAUGGUAAAAUAAACAGGUAAUAUUCAGCAUUAGUUAUACUCUGAGUAGACUAAUUAAAAUCAAUUGACUUAAGUCUGUCAAUUUCAGUGGAUCUGCUCAGAUUAUGACUGAGUUUCAUAUCACCUAGUGCCCUGCUGGAUGCUGUUCAUUUUACAAAUGGAGGAAUAGUGGGGUUCGGGUCAAUUGAUUGCUGGUAAGAUAGGAAGAAAGCCUAAGAAAACAAGGAGAAUCUUUACUCCAAAACAAACCCUCUAACCUGAAGGCAGCUAAGCCAAAUUAGGUGUUAAUAGAAAGCUGUUCUGUUGUGGCUAACGUCACUUAAGUCAGUGUUUUUUUUUCCUUAAAAAAAUGUUUAGGGGUACCCCUGUGUUUCCCCAGAAAAAAAAGCACUGGCAUGUUGUUUUUCUAGCCCAUGGGACAAAUAUCUUGCAUUCCUAGUACAGCAUUGGAUAAGACAAAAACAAGUGAAAAUUUAUUUGCAAUAGUGACUACAAGGCCAGCCCAGUAUUUUGAACCACUGUGCACAUGCACAGUGGGACUUUCGACUUUGCCUUGCACAGUUUUUGAUACAACUUCUAGGAUGAUGCAGAGAAUCUGUCAUUCAAAUAUAAAAGUCAAAAUCCCUACUGCAGAUAUAGAGGGUUGUGUUCCAAUAAACCAGCAUGUAUGUAUUUAACAUUUGUUUCCUGUUCACUUGAAGGGUAUAUUUGUAACCAGGGUACAGCCUGAAGGACCAGCAUCUAAACUGUUGCAGCCAGGCGAUAAAAUUAUUCAGGUAAUGUAGCUUAAAGCAAUUUACCAAUUAUUAAUGUUGAUCACUAUAGCAGCCUUCAAAAUAUUGUCUCUUUUCCCCAUCCCUUAUCCGCUCCGUCACUUCUGAUUGCAAGUUUCUGAAUAUUCUUCAAAAGCAACUACACAAACAUCUAAUUAUUGUAGACAAUUCUAGAUGCUACCAGAGCAUGGAUAACAGAGGCCGGGCUACCUCUGUCCAUGAGAGACCACCACUGAGGCUACUUGGGCCUGCAGUGACAUAGCUUGAUCCAGGACUUACGUCCUGGCUUCACACUUGAUAAUUUAGGAGCAAGACAAGUCCAUCCAGAACAAGUUUAAUACCUAUAAACAGUGCUUUUUUUUCCUUUAAAAAAUGUUUAGGGGUACUCUCAUUUUCCUACUCAUAUUGAAAUACUGCCCCUCAAUGAGGCCAAACUUAGAUUCACAAAAUGUUUAGGGGUAUACAUACCCCCAGAAAAAAGCACUGUCUGUAAACCACAGAACUUCUGUUUCAUUGGAACUGAGUGUCAGUUUAUUGGCCCUUAUUCCAGCCCCUUAUGGAAUAUAGGCACCAUUCCCAUACCUUCAUUGCUCCACCUUAAUUUAAUAAAAGAGAGGGGGUGGGGAAAGGGGUGUUGUCAGCAUACUGGUGGCAUCUUACAUAGCAAUUCCAUAUACAUGUUAGAAAGGAGGGGACAUGACAAAACCCUGAAGUAGUUCCCCAGAACUACCUUCUAGAAUUGGCUCUCCAGGUAGGAGUGGAACCACCUUAUCAUCAUACCUUAAACUUCCAGUGCAAAGAGCCUCCCCAGGAUACCAUGGCCAGUGGGUAAUAACAAUCUCUGAGAGGUCCAAGAGUAUUAUCAGGGUUGCAUUUCUUCUGUCUUUCUCAUGGUUUACACUAGGGGGGGCCAACUCCCAAGAGACUGCAAUCUACUUUCAGAAUUAAAAUAUGAUCUAUCCCCAUUUUUUUGGGGGGGGGGUUCAGGUCAAAGUUAUUGAGCUUUUUUUAGGGAGGGAAAGGGAGCCAGAGAUCGACCCGCGAUCUACCAAAACCUUGCAGGGAUCGACCUGUUGGACAUCCCAACAUACACCAUCUAUCAGGACAACCCAGGCAGUAUCAGCAUAUCACACUAUCAAUUUAACCUUCCCUUUGGUUCUUCUGCUACUGCUUUGAAGAAGAACCAAAGAAGAAGAACCACUGUCACUUCCAGCAAUCUCAAAACAACCAUCAAAUUUAGAGUUGGCUAAACAGAUAAAAUAAACUGUUAUUGAAAAGGUUUUCCUCUAUACUUAACAGGAUUUAAAUCUUCUUUCCAGGCUAAUGGAUAUAGCUUCAUCAAUAUUGAUCAUGGACAAGCGGUAUCCUUACUAAAGACUUUUCAGAACACAGUGGAACUCAUCAUUGUUCGAGAACUUUCUUAAAUACUGUGGAGGAAGGAGAAACGUCCACGUGAUGCUUUGAAGGACUUGUGGGAAACUGAAUAUUUUGAUUAUUUUUAUAUACAAAAACUUUUAAAAUUAUGUACAGUAAUAAAAUAAUCUUGUGGUUAUAGGGGGGAAACCACUGUAAAGAACAUAGAUAAAACAGUUUUGGAAAUGCAUAUUGUAGUCAACCUUGUUGAGUUUUAAAGCAUUGUAGCAAUCAAAAAUCACUCCUCCAAAAACAAACCUGUGGUGUAUUUUGUACAGAUGAUAGGUUUAUUUUUGGAUAACGCAUACACAUAACUAAACUUUGUGUACAAGGAGCCUCCAUUGUAGCCAAUGGACAGAUGGCAGGGCUUUCUGUCCUGUAGCUGUUUGUUGCCUUUAUUUUUUUGUUCACCUGGUUUUAAUGUCUUUGUUGAAACCACUUCUGUAGAUGUGGAUAAGAUUUGAUAUGUUGGCUUUGCUAUGUGCAUAUUGUACAGAUGAAUGGGUAGAUGGAAGGUGGGGCUGGCUGGGAUAAUUUUGAAAGGCCAGGUAAAAUGGCCGUGAAAGUAUGGAAUCAAGAAAGAAAGAGGGAAACGAGUUAGCAUGAGAAUGUAUAUCUACCAAUAGAAAAAUGCAAUAAAAUGUGAAGUCUUUUUAGAGAGACUAUAAAUACACUUCUGGGAGUUCUACAGGAUUGGCUCAUAUCACAUCAACUGACUGUCUUAUUUGUUUUCUUUAAUUUAACUUUGAGUGUUUUUAAUCACACAACUUUUUUCACCUGUGCUGUGGAGUUGUGCCCAGAGACUCGUGUCUGUUACGGAAAUCCCCAGUUUUGUGCAAAAGGGUGAUUUUCUUCUGCCUUGUAUUAAAUACUCCAUUUUCAACUUAUUUAUAGAUUUUUUAAAAAACAAAAAAGAAAAAACUAAAUGGCCAGUUUGUUUUUUUUAAACUGUGUUGCCUGUAACUCAUCACCUAUAUAUCUAUCACAUGUGUGCAUGUUCCAAACCUCUAACUUACUCUGCCAGAAAAAAGCUUCAUUCUUUUUAAUGGGGUUCAUGGCAGUGAGGCCUGUGGGGACUGGGCUGCCCAGAAGUAAAUGGUUCAGGAAAGGGUUAGGAAAGAAACCGUGAUUUUGUUUGGCCUUGAAUUGCCUUGUUAGACUAAAAGGAAACAAUAUGUUUGGAGCUAGGUAACCAAAGCCAGUGAAACUGUUGCAGAGUGAUGGGAGAAUUGCUGUUGGGAAGUUGUAGAGCAAAGGGAUGGGGACUUGCGACCCACCAGUUUGUAAUGAUCUUUCUCAAAGGGCUGUUCCUACAGGUGACAUUAAAUGUGAACUAGACACUUGAGAGUCAUUAAAGGGUUUCUAACUAUAUUAACGUAAUAGUGAUUUACCACAGGCUGCCUUUGUUCCUUAUUACUUGUAUAAAAUAUUGGAUUAUACAUAUUUAAUUUUGUUUAUGACAAACAUUAUGUUUAUUUUCCUCUUUUUUCUUUAUAUAACAGAGAUGAGAUUGCCUAACCUAUAGGGUAAUAAGUAAUACAUGGUUAUUAUGGACCAGAGAAAAGUGCCAUAGAAGACCAAUAACUGUUUUUUUAAAGGCGAAUUAUUAAUCUGUCAUUGGAGCAAUAUUCAGUUACUGCAGUUUUUAAUAAGUAGAAAUUGGUAGUUUUAAAGCGAAAUUAGCAAAAGCACCAGCCUACUAUAGUGUUUGGAAAGAUGUGCUGGAACAGAAAGGAACCUGUAUACUUAACAGAUAAAGGCAGUACUUUUUAAAUACACAGACUCCAAUGAUAUUGCACUCAAAGAUGUUAUCACCUGCAUAUUGUACUGUGUAUAGUUUUUGAUAAUUUUAAUUGAAACCCUUUAACAACUCUUUGUACAUUAAUUUUAGUUGAUUUUCAUUAAUAUUUACAUAGGAAUUGAUUUUUAUAUUAGCAAAAAUGUGCUGUAUUUUGGUAAAGUUCACUUAUUUUCUGUGUGCUGUUAAUCUUUAAAGAAAAUGAGAAACAUAGCUAUAUAAUGGCAGGCUUCAGUGUUACCAUGCUUCUAAAAGUGUCUUUUAGAUUUCUCUACUUUUUAUUGAGAAUUCAAAAAUUUACAUUCAUUGCUUUUAAUUAUAUUAGUAACCUCAGCCUUUUAAAAGGGAAUAUCCACAAAUCAGUCCUAAUCUGAGGACUUGAGGCAUAAACUAUAAUCAUGGUAAGGGCAAAAAGUCCCAAAUCAGAACUGAUUCUUUAUUGAUCAUGGACACCAUUUAUCUUUGACAACAUCAGGUUGAAAUAAAGUGUUCAAAUUCAAUUUUGUAUGAAAUAACAAGCAGUGUAAACCAUGCUGUUAGAAUUUAAUUUAGUUGAAUAGCUUUGUACAAUAGUGUUGCCAAAAAGAAUAAUUGUUUGUUGAGAGAAUUUAAAGAAACUUUGUGGCCUUCUAGGGGUUGGGUUUUUUAAUUUUAUUUUACUUUUUGGUGCAAGGAACUAGAAAAAGUAUAUUGGAAAUCAAACACUGAUGAUACUUUAAAAAAAAAGAAAUGUUGGAUGCAUUAUACCAUUUGUGUUGGAUGAUGGUGAAAUGAAGCUGUGGAAGAAAGCUCAUUCAAAACAGAAGAUCAUUAUUCAGAAGCCGUGGAUUUUUAAUGUUUCUCAUCUUGUCAGAUAAGAUAUAUCUGCACACUUGGUUGCUUUGGCAUCGAAUGAAUAAAGUAUUUGUCAACUCAAUAUUCUUUUCAUGACAGUUCAUUAAAGAAUCAGUUCAAAUUACAAUUUCUGGGGGGAAACCCCACAUAUUUAUUGUGUAAAUACAUUUUUUACUUUUUUUGACUGGAGUUUCAAAAAUGUGUAUAUAAUUGAACACAUCCUAUGAACACAAUCAUAGCAAUAAGCAACACACAGAAUCAAGCCUUUAUCAUUAAUUUGCUGUACUACUUUUUAAAAAAGUAACUAUUCCCUUAUUAGCAGCUAUGUAAUGUUUUUAUUGAUCAGCAUUUAUUCAGCAUUCCAAAUUUUGUAUAUAAUUAAAUUGUUUCUGAAGUAACACAUGGAGAAUAGAUAAUAAACUAAUGCUCUUU